AUGCGUGACAGCAAUACCAGACAGAGAAAGAAAGAGAAAGAGAUUGUGAUUGAGAUGGAGCAGUUGAAAGAGUUGAAGAGGGCAAAAAGAAGAAAGGUCCAAUCAGCAGGUCAACUAUUGACCCCCGUCCAUGCCUUUCAGACCAUGCCCAUCCCUCUCUUUUCUUCCUGUCUUCCUUUUUUAUUUUGAUUUGGAUCCUGAUUGACAGAUGGUUGUGUCCCCUUUAGGCCUGAUCUCUCAUGAAACGAGACGGAGGGAGAGGAUAGAAAAAGACAGAGGAGUAAUCAGCAGGAGCAGGGCAGCGAAUAUCUCUGUCAUGCUGAAAGUUCUGUUAUAUCCAUAACCAGCCUUCAAAGACUGAGAGAGCAAAGCUAAAAAGACUCAAGGGGUGUUUUUCAAAAUGCUCAGAGCACGCAAAUUGGAGCACGGGAGGGUCGGAGUAUGAGUCCAAAUCAAAGUGUGCGAAAUAGAGCACGGAGGGCAGUCCGUUUGUACAUAUUUUGAAGCAUGCAUCGAUGCAAACUUCAAUGGAAAGUAUGCAAUUAAAUAUGACGCAACCACAUAAAAAUGACGAAAUAUUUCGGAAAAUCAAUGGCGGCCAUUAUUUGAGCUGAAGCAAGAGAAAAUACAGUGCCUUGCAAAAGUAUUCAUCCCCCUUGGCGUUUUUCCUAUUUUGUUGCAUAACAACCUGUAAUUUAAAUUGAUUUUUAUUUGGAUUUCAUGUAAUGUACAUACACAAAAUAGUCCAAAUUGGUGAAGUGAAAUGAAAAAAAUAACUUGUUUCAAAAAAUUCUAAAAAAUUAAUAAUGGUAAAGUGCAUAUGUAUUCACCCCCUUUGCUAUGAAGCCCCUAAAUAAGAUCUGGUGCAACCAAUUACCUUCAGAAGUCACAUAAUUAGUUAAAGUCCACCUGUGUGCAAUCUAAGUGUCACAUGAUCUGUCACAUGAUCUCAAUAUAUAUACACCUGUUCUGAAAGGCCCCAGAGUCUGCAACACCACUAAGCAAGGGGCACCACCAAGCAAGCGGCACCAUGAAGACCAAGGAGCUCUCCAAACAGGUCAGGGACAAAGUUGUGGAGAAGUACAGAUCAGGGUUGGGUUAUAAAAAAAUAUCAGAAACUUUGAACAUCCCACGGAGCACCAUUAAAUCCAUUAUUAAAAAAUUGAAAGAAUAUGGCACCACAACAAACCUGACAAGAGAGGGCCGCCCACCAAACCUCAUGGACCAGGCAAGGAGGGCAUUAAUCAGAGAGGCAACAAAGAGACCAAAGAUAACCUUGAAGGAGCUGCAAAGCUCCACAGCGAAGAUUGGAGUAUCUGUCCAUAGGACCACUUUAAGCCGUACACUCCACAGAGCUGGGCAUUACAGAAGAGUGGCCAGAAAAAAGCCAUUGCUUAAAGAAACAAAUAAGGAAACACGUUUGGUGUUCACCAAAAGGCAUGUGGGAGACUCCCCAAACAUAUGGAAGAAGGUACUCUGGUCAGAUGAGACUAAAAUUGAGCUUUUUGGCCAUCAAGGAAAACGCUAUGUCUGGUGCAAACCCAACACCUCUCAUCCCCCCGAGAACACCAUCCCCACAGUGAAGCAUGGUGGUGGCAGCAUCAUGCUGUGGGGAUGUUUUUCAUCGGCAGGGACUGGGAAACUGGUCAAAAUUGAAGGAAUGAUGAAUGGCGCUAAAUACAGGGAAAUUCUUGAGGGAAACCUGUUUCAGUCUUCCAGAGAUUUGAGACUGGGAUGGAGGUUCACCUUCCAGCAGGACAAUGACCCUAAGCAUACUGCUAAAGCAACACUUGAGUGGUUUAAGGGGAAACAUUUAAAUGUCUUGGAAUGGCCUAGUCAAAGCCCAGACCUCAAUCCAAUUGAGAAUCUGUGGUAUGACUUAAAGAUUGCUGUACACCAGCAGAACCCAUCCAACUUGAAGGAGCUGGAGCAGUUUUGCCUUGAAGAAUGGGCAAAAAUCCCAGUGGCAAGAUGUGCCAAGCUUAUAGAGACAUACCCCAAGAGACUUGCAGCUGCAAUUGCUGCAAAAGGUAGCUCUACAAAGUAUUGACUUUGGGGGGGGGGGGGGGGGGGGGGGGGGGGGGGGGGGGUGAAUAGUUAUGCCCGCUCAAGUUUUCUGUUUUUUUGUCUUAUUUCUUGUUUGUUUCACACACAAAAAUAUUUUGCAUAUUCAAAGUGGUAGGCAUGUUGUGUAAAUCAAAUGAUACAAACAUCCCAAAAAUCAAUUUUAAUUCCAGGUUGUAAGGCAACAAAAUAGGAAAAAAGGGGGGUGAAUACUUUCGCAAGCCACUGUACACUCCGACUUCGGCAUGAAAUGUUGCCUAUUCACAUAUCAUAUGUUGCCUGACUACACUAUUUUAUCUUGUUAUGUUAAUAAAUACAUGCUGUGUUAAUUGUGGCAUGGUUGCCUGCCUACAAUGCCCACUGUAGUGUGCGUAGGUUGUAAGCCCAUAGUAAGUCAAUAGAGCUAACUGGCUAACUACUACUGUUAGCUAGCCAGAUAGCCACAAAUAAUUGUUAGCUAGCUAUCCACAAAGAAUUGACCUCUACCUUGGAUAACAUUGGUUUUAGGUAAUUUUUGGCAGUUAUACUAUCUGGUUAGCUACAUUAUUACGAUUCACAUAUAGCAACAACUGGUUUGAUACAUUCACCUCUGAAGGUAAAUAAUGUACUUACAUUCAGUAAUCUUGCUCUGAUUUGUCAUCCUAAGGGUCCCAGAGAUAAAAUGUAGCAUAGUUUUGUUUGAUAAAAAUCCAUUUUUAUAUUCAAAUGUAGGAACUGGGUUCUACAGUUUCAACCCCUGCUGUCUCUGGCUCCACACCCACCCCGCCCGGCCAUCUAGAUGUGUGAAAGUUAGUGUAUAAGCUAAUGAUCCAUCAUGUAUGAAAUUCCUGGGAGUGUGUAAACUUACAUUUUGUAUUACCAUAUCAUUUUUGUAUGUUCUCUAUAGUUAUGUACUUGAAAAUGUAUCAAUUGACCAAUUCGGCACAUUUGGGCAGACUUGAUACAAAAUAGUCCAGUAUUGCAAUGAUUCACUGGAUCAAUCUGAAACUUUGCGCACACACUGCUGCCAUCUAGUGGCCAAAAUCUAAAUUGCGCAUAAACUGCAAUAUUAUAUUGUGGCCUUUCUCGUGCAUUUCAAAGAUGAUGAAAAUCAUUUUUAUUAUCUUUUACCAGAUCUAUUGUGUUAUAUUCUCCUACAUUAAUUUCACAUUUCUACAAACUUCAAAAUGUUUCCUUUCAAAUUGUAUCAAGAAUAUGCAUAUCCUUGCUUCAGGUCCUGAGCUAUAGGCAGUCAUUUUAGGUGAAAUUUUAAAAAUAAGGGUCAGAUCCUUAAGAGGUUAACUAGCUAGCUGGCUAGCUAGAUUACGAUUCACAUAUAUCUAGCUGUUAAAUAUGAAGUAAAAUGUUUUCUUUGUGUCUAUCUUGUUUUCGUCUCUAUUGUUGCCAUUGUCCUGGCUGGAAGAAGGUUCAGUGAAUGGGGAGGUGAAUGGGGAGGUGAAGCGUGAGGUAAUACAGUAGGGGGAGUGCGAGUGCUUCUCAAAUGAAAUGUUUUAUGCAUUCUCCACACUCUCGUCCUCACAAGAACGUACUCAAGAGAACGUCCUCGGAGAAUGCACUUGGAGCAUGAGAGUGUGGAGCACGGUAGUAUGCAUAUUGAGAAACACCCAAGGUCUCAAAUACACACACACACACGCACACACACACGUACACGCACACAUGUUCAUGCACACACACACAGCUCAAAAUAUAUAUGCCCUUUUGAAUCAAACGAAAGGAGAGAGCAUGUUUGAAGAGCUGAUAUCCUCAGAUGUAUUUUUCAGAUUCUGUGUUUAUGCAGGUGCACUGGUUUAUGAGCCUGAAUGUGUCUCAUAGCUCUAAGCAGGUUUGACAGCUCAUUCACUAUAACUUUUCUCUACUGUUUAAAAUACAGUCCAGAUGUUCUCUUUCUGUCUCUCCUACCUGUGUUGGAGGAACAUCCAUCUCACUGCUACAGUAUGUAUCCCAAAGUGCUGGUCUUUACUGUUUGGUAUUAGUUCUCUCCUGCUGUUCUCAUUGUAUUUCUUAAAGAGGUUGGCCUGGGAAUGAUAUCCAUCCUCACUACACCUUUAUGUUCUCCUAUCCCUCUAUUUGUGAAGACUUCUGUGUCCAUUCCCCUGGAGAGGGGUGAGAAUGAUGAUGUCAUGUGACGAACCCAACAUGUGCUUGUGAUUGUAAACCCUUAAAUUGUCAUAACAAACCAAUUAGUCUAUAAGACUGGGCAAGAUGUAAUGGUCUUCUUGGUUUCGAUUAUAAAGAGAAUGGUCACCAUUCAAAUGAUUUAUAUGGACACAGCACAUAUGUUCAAUACAUUUGACAUCCAGCCAUAGUACCAUUAAAUGUAAACUAUUUAGCGUAGUUACCAUGAUACUAAAGUUGGGACAGGACGAGACCCCCCUGGUCAAAACAACCCUUGUACCCCAAAACAAUCUCACCCAAAACACCCCAGAAUACAUGCCAAGCCUUAUACUGCCCUUGACUAGGGCUCAUGUUGACCUUUGACAUCUACCCAUAUCACAUUAACUUUUUUAUGGUCAUGUUUUCUAACUCACAUUGGUAUGCGUUGCCAAAAGCCAUUGCCAAAAUGCAUAGACAUGCAUCGAUGGCGCACACACACACACAAACAUUCCCCCUCUCAAUUGCAGUACUUGGUGGUCAGAUACAUGACAGACUCUAAUCCACAAUGAGCCACUCUAUCACUCUGUGAUAAUGGGAUUCAGGAAGUUUGCAUUGUUGUCUGACUUUGUUUUUGCUCUCUCUGAGUUGAUUAUUUCCCCUUUAUUACUUUGGGUCCCCCGCUUCCAGCUCCUAGCCCAGCGGUUCCCAAACAAGGGGUCGUGACCCAUGUAGGGUUGCUUGAUACACUACAUGACCAAAAGUAUGUGGACACCUGCUCAUCGAACAUCUCAUUCCAAAAUCAUGGGCAUGUAGUGUAUCAUGUAGUUGGUCCCCCUUUGCUGCUAUAACAGCCUCCACUCUUCUGGGAAGGCUUUCCAUUAGAUAUUGGAACAUUGCUGUGGGAACACUGAUGUUGGGCGAUUAGGCCUGGCUUGCAGUCGGCGUUCCAAUUCAUCCCAAAAGUGUUCGAUGGGCUCUGUGCAGGCCAGUCAAGUUCUUCCACACCGAUCUCGACGAACCAUUUCUGUAUGGACCUCGCUUUGUGCACGGGGGCAUUGUCAUGCUGAAACAAGAAAGGGCCUUCCCCAAACUGUUGCCACAAAGUUGGAAGCACAGAAUCGUCUAGAAUGUCAUUGUAUGCUGUAGCGUUAAGAUUUCCCUUCACUGAAACUAAGAGGCCUAGCCCGAACCAUGAAAAACAGCCCCAGACCAUUAUUCCUCCUCCACUUAACUUUACAGUUGGCACUUUGCAUUCGGGCAGGUAGCAUUCUCCUGGCAUCCGCCAAACCCAGAUUUGUCCAUUGGACUGCCAGAUGGUGAAGCGUGAUUCAUCACUCCAGAGAACGCAUUUCCACUGCUCCGGAGUCCAAUGGCGGCAAGCUUUACACCACUACAGCCGACGCUUGGCAUUGCGUAUGGUGAUCUUAGGCUUGUGUGUGGCUGCUCGGCCAUGGAAACCCAUUUAUUGUGCUGACAUUGCUUCCAGAGGCAGUUUGGAACUCGGUAGUGAGUGUUGCUACCGAGGACACACGGUUUUUACACUCUAUGUAAAGUAAAGAGAGUGCUUCAGCACUCGGCGGUCCCAUUCUGUGAGCCACUUCGUGGCUGAGCCGUUGUUGCUCCUAGACGUUUCCACUUCACAACAACAUAUCUGUUUGAAGCUGAAUUCAGCAGUGCUCUCGUCUGCAUUAAAACCAGAUAUCAAAAUGGGGUCGUGGACGACAAAUGUUUGUGAACCUCUGUCCUAGCCCAUAGCCCCAACAGUCUCAGUACACAGAACAAACAUCCCCUGGACUUGAGUGGUUUGUGUGUUUGUUGGUUCUCACAGUAACAGGGUCAACACUGAACCUCACAGGUCACGACCUCAUGACCCUACUCAGGCCUUGGGAAAGACAUGGAGACUGUCAAAACACACUGUCAAGCUGAGAGACCGCCGACGACUGAGUUGUGACUAAAUUAAGUGUGUGUGUGUGUGUGUGUGUUUGGUUUUACUCUCCUUGAAGUUCUAGAAGUCCUCACAAGGAUAGUAAAACUAGGAAAAUUCGGACAAGUGGGGACAUUUUGCCAGUCCCCACAAGGAAAAAGGCUAUUUUAGGCUUAGGGGUUAGGUUUAGGGUUAGGGUUACAAUUAGGGUUAGAAUUAGGGUUAGGGGGCCUCCUGAGUGUCGUAGCGGUCUAAGGCCCUGCAUCACAAUGCUUGAGGCGUCACUACAGACCUGGGUUCGAUCCCAGGCUGUGUCACAACCAGCCGUGACCGAGAGUCCCAUAGGGCAGUGCACAAUUGGCCCAGCGUCGUCUGGGUUAGGGGAGGGUUUGGCCAGAGGGGCUUUACUUGGCUCAUCGCGUUCUAGUGACUCCUUGUGGCAGGCCGGGCGCCUGCAAGCUGACUGGUCAUCAGUUGGACAGCGUUUCCUCCGACAGAUUGGUGCGGCUGGCUUCCGGGUUAAGCGAGUAGUGCGGCUUUUACAUCUAACUAAGAUGUUUGGUGCAGUAUUUCUCAAUGAAAAAAUGUGCAUGAAAACAAGUCGUUGAAUGACAACCAAGACUUUAUUGAAGAAUCCCUACUGUUGACCAAUUACCCGACGAAGGGGCGUAGACUUCAGCUCCGAACUUCGGCUUGCCUCUGAAAAAAAAAAUUGUGAGCCCGAACAGCUGAGAAAAACCCUAAUCGAAGUCCAAAACGAACAAAAACGUCACAAAAUGUCAUCAUAAUAUACAGUGCAUUCGGAAAGCAUUCAGACCCCUUCCCUUUUUCAACAUUUGGUUACAUUACAGCCUUAUCCUGAAAUUGAUUAAAUUAUUUUUUUCCCACACAAUAGUCCAAAAUGACAAAGCGCAAAACAUUUUUUUUUAUAAAUGUUUGCAAACGUAUAAAAAAUCUAAAACUGAAAUACCUUAUUUACAUAAUUAUUCAGACCCUUUGCUAUGAGACUGGAAAUUGAGGUCAGGUGCAUCCUGUUUCCUUUGACCAUGUUUCUAUAACUUGAUUGGAGUCCACCUGUAGUAAAUUCAAUUGAUUGGACAUGAUUUGGAAAGGCACACACCUGUCUAUAUGAGGUCCCACAGUUGCCAGUGCAUGUCAGAGCAAAAACCAAGCCAUGAGGUCGAAGGAAUUGUACGUAGAGCUCUGAGACAGGAUUGUGUUGAGGCACAGAUCUGGGGAAGGCUACCAAAACAUCUCUGCAGCAUUGAUGAUCGCCAGGACAGCGGAGUCACUCACCACCUUCCGGAGACAUUUGAAACCCCACCUCUUUAAGGAAUACCUGGGAUAGGAUAAAGUAAUCCUUCUACCCCCCCCCCUUACCCCAACCCACCCCCCCAAAAAAAAUUAUAAUAAUAAUAAUAAUAAAAAAUUAAAAUAAAAAAAACAUUGUAAAGUGGUUAUCCCACUGGCUAUAAGGUGAAUGCACCUAUUUGUAAGUCGCUCUGGAUAAGAGCGUCUGCUAAAUGACGUAAAUGUAAAAUGUAAAUGUAAUGAUCCCCAAGAACACACUGGCCUCUAUCAUUCUUAAAUGGAAGAAGUUUGGAACCACCAAGACUCUUCCUAGAGCUGGCCGCCCGUGUCACGGUUUCGGCCGAGGCUGCCUCUCUCCCUUGUUCGGGCAGGCUUCGGCGUUCGUCGUCUCCGGAAUUCUAGCUGCCACCGCUAGAUGUUUCAUGUUCGUUUGCUUUUGUCUGUUUGUUUCCACACCUGUUUCUGUUUUGACGUAAUUAGUGUCCUAUAAGUUUCUCGUUGUGUUUGUCUAGUGUUGUGUGUGAUUGUUUCCGUCAGUGUUUGUGUUUUGCUCGGUUGAGCGUAUUUCUCCACUGUGCUGGAGCUUAUUUGCACUUGUGUGUGCACCGUUACAUUUUGUCGCACCUGUUAGUGCGCAUUUACCUUUCGCCUUCGUGCGGGUUUUGCUGUCGGGCUUAGUUGUCCUGUUGCCUGUGUUGGGCCAGUAAUACAGCCUUUGGAACAUUCAGUCUGCGUCCUGCGUUUGAUUCCUACACUACACCUACAACACGCCCUGACAGAAUCACACACCACCAAUGGAAUCAGCAGGAGCCGAAGCAGCCCAGACGAGACUGGAAGCCCAGGUUCGGGACCAGCAAGAGCAGCUCCUGCAGAUGGGGACCGCCCUGCAGGAGGUGAUUACCACACUCCGAGGCUGGGGUUCGCCUCCACCGCCGCCCGCCCUGCCAGCACCAUCGGCCAGCCCGCCCAUUCCAGCGCCGGAACCUCGAGGAGUCCGACUAUCUCUCCCGAGGGCCUACGACGGGACCGCGGCUGGGUGUCAGGGAUUCCUGCUCCAGGUAGAGCUAUACCUGGCCACAGUGCACCCGGCACCUUCAGGGCAUGAGAGCGUGUCCGCCCUGAUCUCCUGCCUGGCCGGAAAAGCGUUGGAGUGGGCCAACGCGGAGUGGAGGAAGAUCGACGCCACGACGAUUACGUACACCGAGUUCUCCCGCCGCUUCAGGGCGGUGUUUGACCAUCCCCCGGAGGGGAAAGCGGCGGGGGAGCGUCUGGUCUUCCUCCGGCAGGGGAGGAGAAGUGCCCAGGAAUUCGCGCUCGAAUUCCGUACUCUAGCGGCAGAUGCAGGGUGGAAUGAUCGGGCCCUCAUCGAUCUAUACCGAUGCAGCCUACGAGAGGACGUCCGUCGGGAGCUGGCUUGUAGGGACACCAGCCUCAUUUUCGACCAGCUGGUUGAUAUGUCCAUCAGGCUGGAUACCCUGCUGGCUACCCGCGGACGUCCUGCGGAGGGUCCGUCCAUUCCACCCUCCAGCGCCUCCGAGCCUUGUCCUAUGGAGCUCGGGGGCGCUGGCGCUAGAGAGAGGAGGAGUCGGCAGGCUAGGGGGUCCAUCCACUGCACCAACUGUGGUCGGGGAGGACACACCGCGGCUAGGUGCUGGGGAUGGCCUCCUAGGGGAGAUGACGACAGGUCCCGCACUGGGGAUUCCCUCCAGGUGAGUAGGCGCCCCACUCACCCAGAGCUCACUGUUGCCCAUUUUUGUAUGCCUGUACGUUUUCCACAGGUAGCACCUCAUUCCCAGCAUAAGGCGCUGGUAGAUUCAGGCGCGGCUGGGAAUUUUAUUGAUAAAAAGUUUUGUUUAGCGUUAGGGAUUCCCCUCAUUCCUGUUGAUGUUCCUUUUCCCGUUCACGCCCUAGAUAGUCGUCCGUUGGGUACGGGCUUAAUCAGGGAGGUCACGGCGCCACUUAGGAUGUGUGCGCAGGGGGAUCAUCAGGAGAUGAUUCAGCUGUUCCUGAUUGACUCUCCUGCGUAUCCGGUGGUGCUGGGCAUGCCCUGGUUGAGUACCCAUAACCCAGCGAUUUCGUGGCAGGAGAGGGCUCUGAUGGAGUGGUCUGCUCAGUGUGUGGGUAGAUGUUUGGGCGUUUCCGUAGGGGCUACCUCGGUGGAGAGUCCAAACCAGGUGCCCGCAUUGCACGUUCCACCUGAGUAUGGGGAUUUGGCUAUUGCGUUUAGUAAGGCGAGGGCGACGCGGUUGCCACCCCAUAGGCAGGGGGAUUGUGCGAUAAACCUCCAGGCAGGAGCUGCGCUCCCACGGAGCCAUGUGUAUCCUCUGUCUCAGGAGGAGAAGAAAGCUAUGGAGAUUUACAUAGACGAAUCGCUGAGACAAGGAUACAUACGGCCGUCCACUUCCCCCGCGUCCUCGAGUUUCUUUUUCGUGAAGAAAAAGGAUGGUGGUAUGCGUCCGUGCAUCGAUUACCGUGGUCUCAAUCAGAUUACGGUGAAGUAUAGUUAUCCACUCCCGCUGAUUGCGACCAUGACUGAGUCGUUGCAUGGGGCGCGUUUCUUCACGAAAUUAGAUCUCAGGAGCGCGUACAACUUGGUGCGCAUCAGGGAGGGUGAUGAAUGGAAAACAGCCUUUAGUACCACCUCGGGCCAUUACGAGUAUCUGGUCAUGCCAUACGGGUUGAUGAACGCUCCAUCAGUUUUCCAAUCAUUUGUGGAUGAGAUCUUCAGGGACAUGCAGGGGCAGGGGGUGGUGGUGUACAUUGAUGACAUUCUCGUGUACUCACCUACCCGGGUCGAGCAUGUGGCCCUGGUGCGCAGGGUGUUGCGGAGGCUGGUGGAGCACGACCUGUAUGUGAAGGCAGAGAAGUGUCUGUUUUUCCAGGAGUCGGUCUCCUUUUUGGGUUAUCAGUUGUCUGCGUCAGGGGUGAAGAUGGAGGUAGACCGGGUGUCGGCCGUGCGUAAUUGGCAAACACCAACCACUGUGAAGGAGGUGCAGCAGUUUUUGGGGUUUGCAAAUUACUACAGGAGGUUUAUCCGGGGUUUUGGACAGGUGGCAGCUCCCAUCACGUCUCUGUUGAAGGGGGGUCCCGUGCGUCUGCAGUGGUCGGCCGAGGCGGACAGGGCGUUUGGGAGGCUGAAGGACCUGUUUACCUCGGCCCCGGUGCUGGCGCAUCCGGAUCCCUCUUUGCCGUUCCAAGUAGAGGUGGACGCGUCGGAGGCCGGUUUAGGAGCCGUGCUUUCACAACGGUCUGGCGCGCCACCUAAACUCCGCCCCUGUGCUUUUUAUUCUAAGAAGCUCAGUCCGGCGGAGCGGAACUAUGACGUAGGGGACAGGGAGCUGUUAGCCGUGGUACAGGCUCUAAAGGUGUGGAGGCACUGGCUUGAGGGGGCUCAACACCCUUUCCUCAUUUUGACGGACCACCGUAACCUGGAGUACAUCCGGGCGGCGAGGAGGCUGAACCCUCGCCAGGCAAGAUGGAGUAUGUUCUUGACCAGGUUUACUUUUAAGAUCACGUACAUCCCUGGGUCACAGAAUGGCAAGGCAGAUGCGCUGUCUCGGCGGUAUGACGCGGAGGAGAGGUCCGUGGAGCCCACUCCCAUACUGCCUGAGUCAUGUCUGGUGGCACCGGUAGUGUGGGAGGUCGAUGCUGAACUCGAGCGGGGCGUUACGCACCGACCCUAGUCCACCACAGUGCCUGGAGGGUCGGAAGUACGUUCCGCUCGAGGUUCGGGAUCGAUUGAUCUAUUGGGCUCACACGUCACCCUCCUCUGGACAUCCGGGUAUCGGCCGGACAGUGCACUGUCUUAGUGCCAAGUACUGGUGGCCCACGUUGGCAAGGGAUGUGAGGGUUUAUGUUUCCUCCUGCUCGGUGUGCGCCCAGUGUAAGGCGCCUAGACAUCUACCUAGGGGUAAGUUGCUACCCCUGCCCGUUCCACAACGGCCAUGGUCCCACCUCUCAGUGGACUUUAUAACAGACCUUCCCCUCUCCCAAGGGAAUACUACCAUCCUGGUCGUUGUGGACCGGUUCUCUAAGGCCUGUCGUUUGCUCCCCAUGCCGGGUCUUCCUACGGCCCUGCAAACUGCCGAGGCACUGUUUACCCAUGUGUUCCGGCACUACGGGGUACCCGAGGACAUUGUGGCUGAUCGGGGUCCCCAAUUCACCUCCAGAGUCUGGAGAGCGUUUAUGGAGCGGUUGGGGGUCUCGGUGAGCCUCACCUCGGGGUACCACCCGGAGAGUAAUGGGCAGGUGGAACGCGUAAACCAGGAUGUGGGUAGGUUUCUCAGAACAUACUGCCAGGACCGGCCGGAGGAGUGGUCAAGGUACGUUCCCUGGGCCGAGAUGGCCCAGAAUUCCCUACGCCAUUCCUCCACUAACCUAACUCCAUUUCAAUGUGUGUUAGGUUACCAGCCGGUUCUGGCACCCUGGCAGCAGAGCCAGAUCGAGGCUCCUGCGGUGGAUGAGUGUGCGCGGCGCUCGGAGGAGACCUGGAACGCUGCACACGUCCAUCUGCAGCGGGCCCUCCGACGUCAGAAGGCGAGCGCUGAUCUCCACCGCAGUGAGGCACCGGUGUACGCACCUGGUGAUCGAGUCUGGCUCUCUACCAGAAACCUGCCCCUCCGCCUGCCCUGUCGGAAACUGGGUCGGCGGUUUGUAGGGCCAUUUAAAGUCCUGAGAAGGUUGAACGAGGUAUGUUAUAGAUUACAGCUACCUGUGGAGUAUAAGUGUAUUAACCCCUCGUUCCAUGUGUCCCUUCUCAGGCCGGUGGUAGCGGGCCCACUCCAAGAAGAUGAGAUCUUGGAGACCCCUCCACCCCCGUUGGACAUCGAGGGGGCACCGGCGUACUCCGUGAGAUCCAUCUUGGAUUCGAGACGUCGGAUGGGGGGUCUCCAGUAUCUAGUGGAGUGGGAGGGAUACGGUCCGGAGGAGCGGUGCUGGGUGCCGAGGAGAGACGUGUUGGACCCGUCGCUCCUGACGGAGUUCCAUCGGAGGCAUCCGACGCGCCCUGCGCCGCGUCCCCCUGGUCGUCCCCGAGGCCGGAGUCGGCGCACGUCUGGAGCCGCGCGUCAAGGGGGGGGUACUGUCACGGUUUCGGCCGAGGCUGCCUCUCUCCCUUGUUCGGGCAGGCUUCGGCGUUCGUCGUCUCCGGAAUUCUAGCUGCCACCGCUAGAUGUUUCAUGUUCGUUUGCUUUUGUCUGUUUGUUUCCACACCUGUUUCUGUUUUGACGUAAUUAGUGUCCUAUAAGUUUCUCGUUGUGUUUGUCUAGUGUUGUGUGUGAUUGUUUCCGUCAGUGUUUGUGUUUUGCUCGGUUGAGCGUAUUUCUCCACUGUGCUGGAGCUUAUUUGCACUUGUGUGUGCACCGUUACAUUUUGUCGCACCUGUUAGUGCGCAUUUACCUUUCGCCUUCGUGCGGGUUUUGCUGUCGGGCUUAGUUGUCCUGUUGCCUGUGUUGGGCCAGUAAUACAGCCUUUGGAACAUUCAGUCUGCGUCCUGCGUUUGAUUCCUACACUACACCUACAACACGCCCUGACAGCCCGGCCAAACUGAGCAAUCAGGGGAGAAGGGCCUUGGUCAGGGACGUGACCAAGAACCCGAUGGUCACUCUGACAGAGCUCCAGAGUUCCUCUGUGGAGAUGGGAGAACCUUCCAGAAGGACAACCAUCUCUGCAGCACUCCACCAAUCAGGCCUUUAUGGUAGAGUGGCCAGACGGAAGCCACUCCUCAGUAAAAGGCACAUGACAGCCCACUUGGAGUUUCCCAAAAGGCACCUAAAGGACUCUCAGACCAUGAGAAACAAGAUUCUCUGGUCUAAUGAAAUCAAGAUUGAACUCUUUGGCCUGAAUGCCAAGCUUCACGUCCGGAGGAAACCUGGCACCAUCCCUACGAUGAAGCAUGGUGGUGGAAGCAUUAUGCUGUGGGGAUGUUUUUCAGUGGCAGGGACUAGGAGACUAGUCAGGAUCGAGGGAAAGAUGAACGGAGCAAAGUACAGAGAGAUCCUUGAUGAAAACCUACUCCAGAGCGCUCAGGACCUCAGACUGGGGUGAAGUUUCACCUUCCAAAAGGACAACAACCCUAAGCACACAGCCAAGACAACACAGGAGUGGCUUCGGGACAAGUCUCUGAAUGUCCUUGAGUGGCUAGCCAGAGCUCGGACUUGAAGCCGAUAGAACAUCUUUGGAGAGACCUGAAAAUAGCUGUGCAGCGACGCUCCCCAUCCAACCUGACAGAGCUUGAGAGGAUCUGCAGAGAAGAAUGGGAGACUCCCCAAAUACAGGUGUGCCAAGCUUGUAGCGUCAUACCCAAGAAGACUUGAGGCUGUAAUCGCUGCCAAAGGGGCUUCAACUAAGUACUGAGUAAAGUGUCUGAAUACUUAUGUAAAUUUGAUAUUUGCUUUUAUUUUUAAAUAAAUGCUAAAGUUUCUAAAAAACUAUUUUUGCUAUGUCAUUAUGGGGUAUUGUGUGUAGAUAGAUGAGGGAAAAAACCUAAUUUAAUCCAUUUUAGAAUAAGGCUGUUACGUAACAAAAUGUGGAAAAAGUCAAGGGGUCUGAAUACUUUCCGAAUGCACUGUAUGCGCUAACUGUUUUGGCUGGGAAGCAUGCGGACACCAUAAGGUUAGGGAUAAUACAAUUUUGAAUGUAAAUCAAUUGUUAGGUCCCCACAAGGAUAGUAAAACAAAUGUAUGUGUGUGUGUGUGUGUGUGUGUUUUGAAGUGGUAUGUACCAGGCCUCACACAGUGGUCUCAACAUGAUCUGCAUCCCCAGGAUCACUUGAUCCUCUCGGCCUCUCACACACACACCCGUGUGGAACACAUCACUGAGAUUAAUGAGGCUCUGCAGGUGUGUGUGUGUGCGUGUGUGUGUGUUGUGUGUUCUCUACAUGUAUGCCAUGACUAUCACGAGUGUCCUACUGUUUUUAUUAUUAAAAGAUAAUUACAGUACAUGGAGAGAGAGAGGGAGAGACAGCGAUGAGAAAGAAACAGAGACAUACAGUGAGGGAAAAAAGUAUUUGAUCCCCUGCUGAUUUUGUACGUUUGCCCACUGACAAAGACAUGAUCAGUCUAUAAUUUUAAUGGUAGGUUUAUUUGAACAGUGAGAGAAAGAAUAACAACAACAAAAUCCAGAAAAACGCAUGUCAAAAAUGUUAUAAAUUGAUUUGCAUUUUAAUGAGGGAAAUAAGUAUUUGACCCCUCUGCAAAACAUGACUUAGUACUUGGUGGCAAAACCCUUGUUGGCAAUCACAGAGAUCAGACGUUUCUUGUAGUUGGCCACCAGGUUUGCACACAUCUCAGGAGGGAUUUUGUUCCACUCUUCUUUGCAGAUCUUCUCCAAGUCAUUAAGGUUUCGAGGCUGACGUUUGACAACUCGAACCUUCAGCUCCCUCCACAGAUUUUCUAUGGGAUUAAGGUCUGGAGACUGGCUAGGCCACUCCAGGACCUUAAUGUGCUUCUUCUUGAGCCACUCCUUUGUUGCCUUGGCCGUGUGUUUUGGUUCAUUAUCGUGCUGGAAUACCCAUCCACGACCCAUUUUCAAUGCCCUGGCUGAGGGAAGGAGGUUCUCACCCAAGAUUUGACGGUACAUGGCCCCGUCCAUCGUCCCUUUGAUGCGGUGAAGUUGUCCUGUCCCCUUAGCAGAAAAACACCCCUAAAGCAUAAUGUUUCCACCUCCAUAUUUGACAGUGGGGAUGGUGUUCUUGGGGUCAUAGGCAGUAUUCCUCCUCCUCCAAACACUUUCACCCAGUUCUCCUCUGAAUCAUUCAGAUGUUCAUUGGCAAACUUCAGACGGCCCUGUAUAUGCGCUUUCUUGAGCAGGGGGACCUUGCGGGCGCUGCAGGAUUUCAGUCCUUCACGGCGUAGUGUGUUACCAAUUGUUUUCUUGGUGACUAUGGUCCCAGCUGCCUUGAGAUCAUUGACAAGAUCUUCCCGUAUAGUUCUGGGCUGAUUCCUCACUGUUCUCAUGAUCAUUGCAACUCCACGAGGUGAGAUCUUGCAUGGAGCCCCAGGCCGAGGGAGAUUGACAGUUAUUUUGUGUUUCUUCCAUUUGCGAAUAAUCGCACCAACUGUUGUCACCUUCUCACCAAGCUGCUUGGCGAUGGUCUUGUAGCCCAUUCCAGCCUUGUGUAGGUCUACAAUCUUGUCCCUGACAUCCUUGGAGAGCUCUUUGGUCUUGGCCAUGGUGGAGAGUUUGGAAUCUGAUUGAUUGAUUGCUUCUGUGGACAGGUGUCUUUUAUACAGGUAACAACCUGAGAUUAGGAGCACUCCCUUUAAGAGUGUGCUCCUAAUCUCAGCUCGUUACCUGUAUAAAAGACACCUGGGAGCCAGAAAUCUUUCUGAUUGAGAGGGGGUCAAAUACUUAUUUCCCUCAUUAAAAUGCAAAUCAAUUUAUAAAAAGAAUUCUGGAUUUUGUUGUUGUUAUUCUGUCUCUCACUGUUCAAAUAAACCUACCUUAAAAUUAUAGACUGAUCAUUUCUUUGUCAGUGGGCAAAUGUACAAAAUCGGCAGGGGAUCAAAUACUUUUUUCCCUCACUGUAAUUACUAUCUUCACUACAGAUACGGACCUUCUUCCGCUCCUUUUGCUCUCUUUAUCCCUCUGUUCUAUCUCUUUCUGCACACAGAGCACCUUAAUCAGACCAUUAUAUUUAGUUGGUAGAUUAGACUUUGUGAAGUUUCAAACAGCCAACAACCAAAACAUGCUGGUCUGAGUAACACUCUGAUUCCCUUUUUUAACUCUGACAGAACACCCUGCAUCAGACAGAACAUCCUGCAUCAGACAGAACAUCCUGCCCCAAGUCAGCCUCUUAUCUGACUGUGUGCUCUGUGCAUAUGAUUGAGAGAUUAAAGGAAGUGUGUGUGUGUGUGUUUGUGUGUGAAAGAGAGAGAGGGGUGUGUGUAAGAUAUAGUAGGUUGCUGUAUCAGAGGUGCAUUGCAUGAAAGCACUUGUUCUGAGUGGUUAUCACAGAUCAGAACAGAUACUCAUAUAUGCAGGGUUUGGCAUGCUCCCAGGCAGAGUUACCAGAUAUAAAGUACUGUAUGCCAUCAUUCACAUAGUCACUCUCAAAUAGCAUAACUCCUAGGAGUAAAACACACUUGAGUCUCUCACAUAAACACUGGAUGGCAGAAGAGAGCAGUUUUUCAGUAUGCAUAACUUUACAAACUCAAGAAGAUACACGUCUCAUCCUUGUGGCCAUAAGUUGAUACUACAAAGUCUUAACCAAGGUUUUGAGUGUUUCCAGUUCUCUCUGAAGUUAUGCUUGGCUUAGCCCAAACAUAGACCUCUUUAUUAAUUAUUUAAUUUAUGAAUAAGACGAGGUCUAAUUGCAUUCCAUAGUAAAUGCGUUCGAGAUAACUCAAGACCAAAUCUGUAUCUGUGUAGCAGCAUGUGUUCUAAUAUUGAGUUGCACCCCCCCCCCCCCCCCCCCCCCCCCCCCCCCCCCCUUUUGCCCUCAGAACAGCCUCAAUUCGUCGGGGCAUGGACUCUACAAGGUGUCGAAAGCGUUCCACAGGGAUGCUGGCUCAUGUCGACUCCAAUGCUUCCCACAGUUGUGUCAAGUUGGCUGGAUGUCCUUUGGGUGGUGGACCAUUCUUGAUACACAUGGGAAACUGUUGAGCGUGAAAAACCCAUGAGCGUUGCAGUUCUUGACACAAACCGGUGUGCCUGUCACCUACUACCAUACCCCAUUCAAAAGCAUUUAAAUGUUUUGCCCAUUCACCUAAAAAUCCUUCUUUAACCUGUCUCCUUCCCUUCAUCUACACUAAUUGAAGUGGAUUUAACAAGUGACAUCAAUAAGGGAUCAUAGCUUUCACCUGGAUUCACCUGGUCAGUCUAUGUCGUGGAAAGAGCAGGUCUCCUUAAUGUUUUGUACACUCAGUGUAUAUCCACAGUCGGUAGACAGUUCUUCUUAAUAGGUUGUCCCUUACAUCACUGAGCGGUGCCCAGGAAAUAAUUAAAUCAAAUUGUUAGAUGCUACCCCCCCCACCCCCAAAUCAAAACCAAACAUGGAUGUCCAUGUUUACAUGCACACAAUCCAUUCUACUUCUUGUCUGCCUCCCGUCUGUGGCAGCAUUGAACAAGAAAGAAACAGUGGGUGGGGUGUUUCGCUUCCUCUUCCGUCUCUGGUGCCCGUACAGCAACUGAUUAGCUAGGACAAACAGGUGUGAAACACAGACAUUUGUGCACACAUAAAGUGAGAACACAACAUGAAAUCCAUGUUUGGUUUUGAUUUGGAGGGGGCUGUUAGCAGAGACGGAAGAGGAAGCAAAACAUGCCACUCCUUCAUCUAUUCUGGUUCAUAUACAGUCAAUGAACUAAGUAGACCAGAUCCAGCUGCUAUUGCAUUGGUGUCUAUGGAAGAGCCACCCUUAAGUAGACCAGAACUGUGACCAUUUUUUUCAUUGGUAACCGGCCUGAGUAAGACAUCUUCCUUUAUCCACCAUCUUUGGUGUUAUUAUUAACAAUUGUAUUUAAUAGCCCUCACCCUGGCCAUUGCCCGGAAUCCAUCUCUCUGCUUCUUUACUGUUCCCCCAGAGUAGGAAAGCUGUUUCUCCACUUAGGGUUUUUGUAAUAAAACCAUAAAACCACCACUGGGUGGAGUCUCACCCCCACUGCAGCAUGUUUAGCUGCUCUAGUUUUUUUUUAUAUCAUUUGACAUUGUUGUGGUGCUUUAACCUCUAUUAAACACUAAAGCCCCAGUUACCUGCCUAUAAGGGGAGUUAAUGGCCUUUCUAUGUUCUUUUUACAACAACAGUAAGUCUAAAGUUUAAACACUGCUUUUAUCACAAACACAUACAGUACCAGUCAAAAGUUUGGACACAUCUACUCAUUCAAGGGUUUUUCUAUUAUUAUUAUUAUUUUUACUAUUUUCUACAUUGUAGAACAAUAGUGAAGACAUCAAAACUAUGAAAUAACACAUAUGGAAUCAUGUAGUAACCAUAAAAGUGUUAAACAAAUCAAAAUAUAUUUUAUAUUUGAGAUUCUUCAAAUAGCCACCCUUUGCCUUGAUGACAGCUUUGCACACUCUUGGCAUUCUCUCAACCAGCUUCACCUGGAAUGCUUUUCCAACAGUCUUGAAGGAGUUGCCACAUAUGCUGAGCACUUGUUGGAUUCUUUUCCUUCACUCUGUGGUCCGACUCAUCCCAAACCAUCUCAAUUGGGUUGAGGUCGGGGGAUUGUCGAGGCCAGGUCAUCUGAUGCAGCUCUCCUUCUUGGUAAAAUAGCCCUUACACAGCCUGGAGGUGUGUUGGGUCAUUGUCCUGUUGAAAAACAAAUGAUAGUCCCACUAAGCCCAAACCAGAUGGGAUGGCGUAUCGCUGCAGAAUGUUGUGGUAGCCAUGCUGGUUAAGUGUGCCUUGAAUUCUAAAUAAAUCACAGACAGUGUCACCAGCAAAGCACCCCCACACCAUAACACCUCCUCCUCCAUGCUUUACGGUGGGAAAUACACAUGCGGAGAUCAUCCGUUCACCUACUCUACGUCUCACAAAGACAUGGCGGUUGGAACCAAAAAUCUCAAAUUUGGACUCAUCAGACCAAAGGACACAUUUCCACUGGUCUAAUGAGAGCCAGUUUCAUCAUAGCGCUUGAUGGACUGUUGUUUCUCUUUGCUUAUUUGAGCUGUUCUUGCCAUAAUAUGGACUUGGUCUUUUACCAAAUAGGGCUAUCCUCUGUAUACCCCCCCUACCUUGUCACAACACAACUAAUUGGCUCAAGAAAUUCCACAAAUUAACUUUUAAGAAGGCACACCUGUUAAUUGAAAUGCAUUCCAGGUGACUACCUCAUGAAGCUGGUUGAGAGAAUGCCAAGAGUGUGCAAAGCUGUCAUCAAGGCAAAGGGUGACUAUUUGAAGAAUCUCAAAUGUAAAAUAUAUUUUGAUCUGUUUUUCACUUUUUUGGUUACUAUAUGAUUCCAUAUGUUUUAUUUCAUAGUUUUGAUGUCUUCACUAUUAUUCAACAAUGUAAAAAAUUGUACAAAUAAAGAAAAAGCCUUGAAUGAGUAUGUGUGUCCAGACUUUUGACUGGUAGUGUACAUUUGUAUAUUUAAUAGUGCCAGUGGUGUAAAAUACUUAAGUACAAAUACUUUAAAGUACUACUUAAGUAGUUAUUUUGGGUAUCUUUUGACAACUUUUACAUUUACUUCACUACAUUCCUAAAGAAAACAAUGUACUUUUUACUCCAUAAAUUUUCCCUGACAACCAAAAGUACUCGUUACAUUUUGAAUGCUUAGCAGGACAGGAAAAUGGUCCAAUUCACACACACAAAGAGAACAUCCAUGGUCAUCCCUACUGCCUCUGAUCUGGCCGACUAACUAAACAUACAUGCUUUGUUUGUAAAUUAUGUCUGAGUGUUGGAGUGUGCCCCAGGGUAUCAGUAAAAACAUUAAAAUAAUACUUGGUGCCGUCUGGUUUGCUUAAUAUAAGGAAUUUGAAAUGAUUUAUACUUUUACUUCUGAUACUUAAGUAUAUUUAAAACCAAAUACUUUUAGAAUUUUACUCAAGUAGUAUUUUACUGGGUGACUUUCACUUUUACUUGAGUCAUUUUCUAUUAAGGCAUUUUUACUUUUACUCAUGUAUGACAACUGGGUACUUUUUCCACCACUGAUUAGUGCUGAGUGAUUAAACGAAAUGUUGGUAAUUUUUUGUGUUUUUAAACAACUAAUUCACGACGUCAGUUCAAUUAUUUGAAUCCUAUUUAGUUCAGGUUUUUUCUGUGAGCUCGAUGUGCAGUUUCUGUAAAGAUACAUCAGAUCAAGCCUGAACUGUGAAAUGUAGUAGGGAGUUGUAGUUUCCAACAGGCCAAUAUUCUACAUAGCUUAGCUCAGAAAAUGUGGUAAUUAACUAUAAUGGCCAUAAUCCAUUGCACACUCGCUUAAACUUGCCCAAUCUGUGUGGCGCAGACACGGAGACGGCCCAUGUACACUAGGGGCGGCACCACACGGUGAAACACCGCUUCCCAUUCAUUUUCAAUGGAAGGAAAGCGGUGAGAAGCGGGGUGUGCGGGGAGAGAAGAUAGAACCCGUGAUCGACAUGAUCUAAGUGAUUCAUAGUUGGUAUUCAGCAGUCAUAAAAGUAUGCCUUAAUUACUUAGAAGAACUACUAAAAUAGUGAUUUUGUCAGACAGCGUAGGCAGCAGCACUAUAGAGAUGAGAUGAUGACUUUGAAUGAAAUCAUAAAGUCAUCAAAUAAAACAAAAUGUUUAUUAAAGUAAAGUAAUGUGAAUAAAUGAUGGUUAAUAAGUGAUAAGCAUUUUUGGACAGUCACUACCAUCAUGGGACUGUUAUUAAUUGUUUUAUUCAGUGUUGUUACAGCAUUCAACCCACAUAAUACAUAGUGUACUUAAUGUUUUAAAAAAUAUACUUUAAACCGAAAACCGUGAUUAUUUUUUAAUAGUGAACAGAAACUGAACCAACUUCAAAAAGCACUAAUCGCUCCGCACUAAUAUUUAUCAGUCUCCAUCCCUUGAUGUGUUUCAUGUCUCUUUUCUUCUGUUGAUUAACAUGUCUCUCUCCUCCUCCUCAGGGCCAACCUGGUCCUCUUGGCCUGCAGGGCCCCCAGGGACCUCCAGGACGGCUAGGGGACCCAGGAGUCCAGGGAGUCCAGGGAGAGAAGGGCGACCGGGGCAGAGGAGGCUUUAUCGGCCCCAAGGGUUCUGUGGUGAGGAACACUGACUGGAAAAUUCUUCACUAGAGAUCUCAGACUCUGACUUAGUAGUGUAUCUAGUGUCUACUCAUCAAGUGUUUUUCAUUUCUCCGCAGGGGAUGACUGGUGUUCCUGGGUUUUCUGGAUCGGACGGUAUUCCUGUAAGUGGGAUUGUAUUGGGAAUUUUCUCUCCGAACAAAUAAAUAGCAGACACACCCAUGCCAAGAAAUCAUCUAUUGUUGUCUUGUUAAUACUGUACGUAGUCUUAAUACAACAUGUAAUGAUGUUGUAAAGGUCUGUCAUUAACUCCUCCAUAUUAUCUCCAGGGCCACCCAGGACAGGCAGGGACUCGUGGGAAACCUGGAGCAGACGGGUGCAACGGAACACAUGGAGACUCAGGGUUGGCAGGGCAACCAGGCUACGAUGGCCAGCCCGGGUAUAAUGUACGUAUGAACCCAGUGAUGUCACCAGCAGUGUAGAUUUUAGCAUGUAAAUCUUGGUGGGGCAAACCAAAAAAAUUGGGGUGGGGGGAGAUGCAUGCCAGCAAAGCCACUACACAACACAACACUAAACAAUACAUUAAUUGCACUAUAACGGUGACAAACAGUGCCCACAAACUGUUAGGGCCUGCAUAAAGCUGUCCCAACAGCAGAGUCCCAACAGCAGUCCCAACAUCUUACCACUGCUACACCUGGCUAUCAGCGGAGCCUUGUCUGGCAGUGAAACAGUUCAUUCAGCCUCAUUUACUGCCUUUAAAAAAACAUAGCUGAUAUGGCUGACUUGCUUAAACAAAUGUGGUUUCUACCGAAAAUGUAGAUGUACAAACUAUGGCAUAAGGUGACGGCGAGAGGAUGAGGCAAUCCGUAAUUUCGAUUAAGACAUUAAUGAGUGAGCUAGGACGGACAUAGUCAGUUUAACUAUUUGUUCAGCAUUUUUUAAAUCUACAGCGACAGAAUUCAGAACAUGGGCCAUUCUUACAGUAUUCUCCCUGUACACCAAGUCAGAACCGUAGGAUAAAUAAAGGGGGCAUAUAAGCAGACAAUGAAAGCUCUUACAAUAUUCAAUGAUUACAUUUCUCUAAAACAGGCUAUAGGCUACAUGUGAACCACCAAGUCAGAACAGUAGGCUAAGUUAUGAGGGGAAAAGGGACCAAAUUAUUAGGGUGAGGCACAUGGGCUACUAACAGCUUACUACACAACAUACACUUAGUAUUACUUUCUUAGCUACAGUAUACAUAUCUCCCUGGCAUAUUACAUAAUUUAUGCAGCAGCAUACAAUACAUUUUUGGACUCACCUUGUUGUUUGGAGUCAUGGGCAAAUUUUGUCAUCAAACUUUCUCAUCAAAGUCUGGCAAUCUCUGGAUUUAUGGUGCUUUCAAGACAACUGGGAACUCGGAAAAAAACAAGAUGACAUCAGUGAUCUUCAGGUCAGAGUUCUAGAAAGAGGCCUGAGUUCCCGACUUGCAAUUCCAAGUUGGUUGACCAUUCAAAACGUAUUUUCCCAGUCGGAGCUAGUUUUUUUCAGAGUUCCCAGUUGCCUUGAACUCACUGAAGUCAGAUUUCCCAGUUCCAAGUUUCCAGUUGUUUUGAGUGUGGCAGAAGUCAUGCUGGAUUGAUAGCAUGGCCAAUGUUGAAUGUUUAUACUUUUAAGCUUGGAAAAGAGACCCUUAAACCCAGACUUGGAACACACACCCACUCCACUGAAUAGCAGGCUAGUGAUUGCUUUGCAAUGCUUGCAGUUAGCCACUGAUUCCUUCCAAACCACUAAUUGUUGGAUUUGCGAUUUCCAACUUGUUGUGUAAUGUUUAUGGCCGAUGAGCACCGAUACGUUUUAUCUAUAAUUUCUCUUCAUUAUUUCUCUUCAUAUGACAAGGAUUAAAAAGCAUUUGCCAGUAGAUUGUCGACUUGAUUCAUGAUGAUGACUGCUAGCUUGCUAGCUAAGAUUUUGAAAGUAUGAUGUUGACAUGAUCAGUCCAAUCAAAGCUACUGUAGAUAUAUCUGUGGCCAAUGCCCUUGAGCCUUCUUGGAUGGGCACUUCUAAUGUAACUCUAUGGCAGCACACAAGGGGCUUGAAUUUUCGAGCUCUUCUCUUAGAUUUGGCGGUGACGUAGUGUACCCAUGAAUGACAGAACACUGAGCCAAUCAUGGCACAACUAGAGAACAUUACCCAAUCACAGCGCAACUAGAGAACAUUACCAACCCCUAAGCUCCGUAUUUUCCGCUGGAUGCCCCACCACCACAGAAAGCACUGAGCUAGGCUAAAACACCUGCAUUUUGGAGCUGCCUUUCUCAAGAAAGCAAAAAAGAGACCAAGUUUGUAUGCUGCUUUAUUAACAAAAUUAUUUUUUAGUGGUUUUUUUUUACAUUGUUUGCACACUGAUAUGUGACACGUAUUAAUGUCAAAAUAACAUGCAAUAACAUGCCCCACCUGCCCUGAAUGACAGGUCGCCACUGGUCACCAGAGACGUUUGUGGAGAUAGAAUCAAGGAUUCCACCUUGUAGCCUGAGACAUUGAAUAACUCCCUCUCCUCCAUUUUCUUUUUUAAUUGUACUUUUAUUUUCUACCCCCUCCCCCCUCCUCCUUUCUCUCUCUCUCUCUCCACAGGGUCAGGCGGGCAGAAAGGGACAGAAGGGAGACACUCUGGAGCUGAGUGUGUUCAUGGAGCGGUUCAGGGUAAGAGGAGAGGGCUAGAGAACUGUGGGAUAGACCUGAUAUCAGUACUACAGUAUUAUCAACAUACAGGCUAUUUUGAACGAUACAUCAUGCCAUGAUAUUGUACAGUACACACAUAUGAUGUACUCUUGUACUCUACACAGAAAUAACCCCUUCUCUCUGUGUGUCUUUUCUACAGGGAGAUUCAGGACAGCCCGGAUAUCCUGGAUUUGUUGUGAGUAUGGCGCCGCCGCCUUUCCCUGUCACUCUAAAGUUAUGGUACAAGAGAGCCAGCAUCAUUCUCUCGUUCUCCAUCCUCCCUUCUCUCUCUCAGGGUCCUCAGGGUUACCCAGGUCGGUCGGGCUACAGAGGACUCCCAGGACCACAGGUUAGUUGUGUGUGUGUGUUUGUGUGUGUGUGCGUGCAUAUAAAUGUGUUGCUGUACCAUAUACACCCUUCUGUGUACUAGAUAGAUACCCAAUCAUUCUUCUGGUUUGUUUCCUGACUCAGGGCCCAUCAGGGUUUCCUGGCCUUCCUGGACCAAAGGUAAGGUCCUCACACCAACUAAUUUGGACUAUGUUUUAUCUCUCCUAGAAGAUAAAUGGCUAGUGAAUGAGAUUAAAAAUAAUUAUAAGGAUGUGUUUUAACCUGGUGUGUUUGCUGCUCAGGGCACCAUGGUCAAAGUGUUGAAGGGGGUCAAAGGAGACGCGGUAUGUGAAUGCAGGCACCAUUGUAUGUUUUAAAUAGUUUUUACUGCCCAGCACUUAAUGUGUUUGACUACAAAAUAUUAUGAUCAUCAAUGCUGUCCUCAUCUCUGCUGCAUGAUUCUCACUGCACUUCCCUCUCUGGCCACAGGGUGAGGCUGGACAGCCAGGUCCCCCAGGGAACUCCACCCAUCCCCAUACCAGCCCACAUACCGGACCCUACGUCAGUACAGCUCCACACUUUAAUAUGUUCAAAAACAUACAAUAAAUAUUUUGAUUGUGUGUGAACUGAAUCACUCUAACACUAUUCUGCUUUGUCUCCUCCAGGGCAGAAAGGGUGAGAAAGGGUUGAAAGGUGAAACUGGAGGUGAGGUAAGUGACCUCUCUUCUCCUGUGGUCCAUGUUCCAUCCUAACAAAAUUGAGAUAAUGUUGAGAUGUUAGCACUGUAGAUAAUGGUUGACUAACAGAUCCAUUGAGAACAUCUUGACUGGCUGCGUCAUCAAUUGGUUUGGCAAGGCGCUACAGAGGGUAGUGUGUAGGGCCCAGUACUUCACUGGGGCCAAGAUCCCUGCCAUCCAGGACUUCAGGCGGUGUCAGAGGAAGGCCCUAAAAAUUGUCAAAGACUCCAGCCACCCCAGUCAUAGACUGUUCUCUUUGCUAACGCACGGCAAGCGGUAGUGAUGCAUCAAGUUUGGAACCAACCGGGCCCUGAACAGCUUCUACCCCCAAGCUAUAAGGCUGCUAAAUAGUUAGUUACAUAGUUAACCAAAUAGCUACCCGGACUAUCUGCAUUGGCCCAUUUUGCUACUGUUUAUCUAUCCUGUUAUCACUUUAUUCCUAGUUAUAUGUACAUAUCUACCUCAAUAACCUCGUACCCCUGCACAUAGACUCGGUACUGGUACCCCGUGUAUAUAGCCAAGUUAUCGUUACUCAUUGUGUAUUUAUUAUUAUGUGUUAUUACUUUUCAAUUAUUUCUCUAUUUUCUUUCUCUCUGCAUUGUUGGGAAGGGCCCGUAAUUGUAAGCAUUUCACUGUUAGUCUACACCUGUUGUUUAUGAAGCAUGUGACAAAUAACAAUGUGAUUGUAUCUGUUACUUAUCAGGCUGACAACAAAGGAGAGACUGGGGUUAUGGGGAUGCCUGGGCAAAGGGUUAGUAUUAUACAAACAUUAUACAUACAUUAUACUGUAUAAAUUACACAUAAAUUAUUAUAACUACCUUAUUGAACCUGUCUUUGUUGCUUGUGAGAUACUGACCUGUUGAAUAUCCUUGUGUGUUCUUUCAGGGUGUCCCUGGACGGGAUGGAGAGCAUGGAUUGAGGGUAUGUGUGUGUGGCCAAACAAUGCCAAGAUCUCCAUAUUAUUGCAGUCAGUAGUAUGUGUUGGUCUUUGCAUUGGUCUUUGCAUUGGUCUUUGUUGGCUACUAGAGAUGUUGCAGUUGCAUAUUUUGUGCUCUUGAUGGUGGUGGACACCUUUCUCAUAAAGUAUCUCCCUCUCUCUCUCCCUCUGUCUUUCACUCUAGGGGGACCUUGGAGAACCAGGAUUUAGGGGCAGAGAUGGCCAAAAGGUGAUCCUACAGUUGAUCCUCAUAUCAAAACACUGAUACUAUCAGAUCUUUGAUUGGACAGUGGUCCAUUCUAAACUUUCAUUCAAAUCCGAACACACAAACGAUAUAGUUGGUUUUAACAGCGGGGGGUUAUUUUUAGGGUGCCAUCGGAGAACCAGGGGAGUUGAUCUAUUAUGAAGGUCCCUCAGGAGGGCCUAACAGAGGUAUGAUUAGCCAAUCAACUCAUCAAUCACUUUUCUAUCACCAUGUCAAUUAUCAUUUAAGCCGAUGGGCUACACUAUCAACUAUCAAAAUGUACAUUUACAUUCAAGUCAUUUAGCAGACGCUCUUAUGCAGAGCGACUUACAAAUUGGUGCAAUAUACAGUAUCAUCUUUCUCCAGGUAGUCAACCUUUCAUUGAAUAUGAUGUUGAAGAUUAAAGACUAGCUUUUAGAGCUGUUAUAUUAUAUUGCUUAGUGUUUUAUUGUUAUACAGUGAGGGAAAAAAGUAUUUGAUCCCCUGCUGAUUUUGUACGUUUGCCCACUGACAAAGAAAUUAUCAGUCUAUAAUUUUAAUGGUAGGUUUAUUUGAACAGUGAGAGACAGAAUAACAACAUAACAAUCCAGAAAAACGCAUGUCAAAAAUGUUAUAAAUUGAUAUGCAUUUUAAUGAGGGAAAUAAGUAUUUGACCCCCUCUCAAUCAGAAAGAUUUCUGGUUCCCAGGUGUCUUUUAUACAGGUAAUGAGCUGAGAUUAGGAGCACACUCUUAAAGGGAGUGCUCCUAAUCUCAGCUUGUUACCUGUAUUAAAGACACCUGUCCACAGAAGCAAUCAACCAAUCAGAUUCCAAACUCUCCACCAUGGCCAAGACCAAAGAGCUCUCCAAGGAUGUCAGGGACAAGAUUGUAGACCUACACAAGGCUGGAAUGGGCUACAAGACCAUCGCCAAGCAGCUUGGUGAGAAGGUGACAACAGUUGGUGCGAUUAUUCGCAAAUGGAAGAAACACAAAAGAAGUGUCAAUCUCCCUCGGCCUGGGGCUCCAUGCAAGAUCUCACCUCGUGGAGUUGCAAUGAUCAUGAGAACGGUGAGGAAUAAGCCCAGAACUACACGGGAGGAUCUUGUCAAUGAUCUCAAGGCAGCUGGGACCAUAGUCACCAAGAAAACAAUUGGUAACACACUACGCCGUGAAGGACUGAAAUCCUACAGCGCCCGCAAGGUCCCCCUGCUCAAGAAAGCACAUAUACAGUGCCGUCUGAAGUUUGCCAAUGAACAUCUGAAUGAUUCAGAGGAGGAGGAAUGCUGCCUAUGACCCCAAGAACACCAACCCCACCGUCAAACAUAGAGGUGGAAACAUUAUGCUUUAGCAGUGUUUUUCUGCUAAGGGGACAGGACAACUUCACCGCAUCAAAGGGACGAUGGACGGGGCCAUGUACCGUCAAAUCUUGGGUGAGAACCUCCUUCCCUCAGCCAGGGCAUUGAAAAUGGGUCAUGGAUGGGUAUUCCAGCACGACAAUGACCCAAAACACACGGCCAAGGCAACAAAGGAGUGGCUCAAGAAGAAGCACAUUAAGGUCCUGGAGUGGCCUAGCCAGUCUCCAGACCUUAAUCCCAUAGAAAAUCUGUGGAGGGAGCUGAAGGUUCGAGUUGCCAAACGUCAGCCUCGAAACCUUAAUGACUUGGAGAAGAUCUGCAAAGAGGAGUGGAACAAAAUCCCUCCUGAGAUGUGUGCAAACCUGGUGGUCAACUACAAGAAACGUCUGACCUCUGUGAUUGCCAACAAGGGUUUUAUUGCCACCAAGUACUAAGUAAUGUUCAAAUCAAAUCAAAUCAAAUUGUAUUGGCCACAUGCGCCGAAUACAACAGGUGCAGACAUUACAGUGAAAUGCUUACUUACAGCCCUUAACCAACAGUGCAUUUAUUUUUUAUAAAAAAAGGGCAGAAGUAAAAUAAAAUAACAGUAGGGAGGCUAUAUAUACAGGGGGGUACCGGUGCAGAGUCAAUGUGCGGGGGCACCGGCUAGUUGAGGUAGUUGAAGUAAUAUGUACAUGUGGGUAGAGUUAAAGUGACUAUGCAUAAAUAAUUAACAGAGUAGCAGCAGCGUAAAAAGAUGGGGUGGGGGGGGGGGGGGGGGGGCAGUGCAAAUAGAAGCUGUUGAGAAGUCUUUUGGACCUAGACUUGGCACUCCGGUACCGCUUGCCGUGCGGUAGCAGAGAGAACAGUCUAUGACUAGGGUGGCUGGAGGCUUUGACAAUUUUGAGGGCCUUCCUCUAACACCGCCUGGUAUAGAGGUCCUGGAUGGCAGGAAGCUUGGCCCCAGUGAUGUACUGGGCUGUACGCACUACCCUCUGUAGUGCCUUACGGUCGGAGGCCAAGCAGUUGCCAUACCAGGCGGUGAUGCAACCAGUCAGGAUGCUCUCAAUGGUGCAGCUGUAUAAUUUUUUGAGGAUCUGAGGGCCCAUGCCAAAUCUUUUCAGUCUCCUGAGGGGGAAUAGGCUUUGUCGUGCCCUCUUCACGACUGUCUUGGUGUGUUUGGACCAUGAUAGUUCGUUGGUGAUGUCGACACCAAGGAACUUGUGCUCAGUCCACGUUCUUUUUUUUCCUGUAGACCACAAUCAUCUCCUUUGUCUUGGUCACGUUGAGGGAGAGGUUGUUGUCCUGGCACCACACGGCCAGGUCUCUGACCUCCUCCCUAUAGGCUGUCUCAUCGUUGUCGGUGAUCAGGCCUACCACUGUUGUGUCGUCGGCAAACUUAAUGAUGGUGUUGGAGUCGUGCCUGGCCAUGCAGUCAUGGGUGAACAGGGAGUACAGGAGGGGACUGAGCACGCACCCCUGAGGUGCUCCCGUGUUGAGGAUCAGUGUGGCAGAUGUGUUGUUACCUACCCUUACCACCUGGGGGCACCCCGUCAGGAAGUCCAGGAUCCAGUUGCAGAGGGAGGUGUUUAGUCCCAGGAUCCUUAGCUUAGUGAUGAGCUUUGAGGGCACUAUGGUGUUGAAUGCUGAGCUGUAGUCAAUGAAUAGCAUUCUCACGUAUGUGUUCCUCUUGUCCAGGUGGGAAAGAGCAGUGUGGAGUGCAAUAGAGAUUGCAUCAUCUGUGGAUCUGUUGGGGCGGUAUGCAAAUUGGAGUGGGUCAAGGGUUUCUGGGAUAAUGGUGUUGAUGUGAGCCAUGACCAGCCUUUCAAAGCACUUCAUGGCUACAGACGUCAGUGCUACAUGUCGGUAGUCAUUUAGGCAGGUUAUCUUAGUCCUUGGGCACGGGGACUAUGGUGGUCUGCUUGAAACAUGUUGGUAUUACAGACUCAGUCAGGGACAUGUUGAAAAUGUCAGUGAAGACACUUGCCAGUUGGUCAGCACAUGCUCGGAGUACACGUCCUGGUAAUCCGUCUGGCCCUGCGGCCUUGUGAAUGUUGACCUGCUUAAAAGUCUUACUCACAUCGGCUACGGAGAGCGUGAUCACAUAGUCAUCCGGAACAGCUGGUGUUCUCAUGCAUGCUUCAGUGUUGCUUGCCUCAAAGCGAGCAUAGAAGUGGAUUAGCUCGUCUGGAAGUCUUGUGUCACUGGGCAGCUCGCGGCUGUGCUUCCCUUUGUAGUCUGUAAUAGUUUUCAAGCCCUGCCACAUCCGACGAGCGUCAGAGCUGGUGUAGUACGAUUCAAUCUUAGUCCUGUAUUGACUCUUUGCCUGUUUGAUGGUUCGUCGGAGGGCAUAGCGGGAUUUCUUAUAAGCGUCCGGGUUAGAGUCCCGCUCCUUGAAAGCGGCAGCUCUACCCUUUAGCUCAGUGCGGAUGUUUCCUGUAAUCCAUGGCUUCUGGUUGGGGUAUGUACGUACGGUCACUGUGGGGAUGACAUCAUCGAUGCACUUAUUGAUGAAGCCAGUGACUGAUGUGGUGUACUCCUCAACGCUAUCUGAAGAAUCCCGGAACAUGUUCCAGUCUGUGCUAGCAAAACAGUCCUGUAUCUUCGUCCAAUACGAGGUGAGUAAUCGCUGUCCUGAUAUCCAGAAGCUCUUUUUGGUUAUAAGAGACGAUGGCAGAAACAUUAUGUACAAAAUAAAUUACAAAUAACGCGGAAAAACACACAUAAUAGUACAAUUGAUUAGAGGGCUGUAAAACGGCAGCCUUCUUCUCCGGCGCCAUUAUUGUAGAGGUGUCAAAUACUUAUUUCCCUCAUUAAAAUGCAAAUCAAUUUAUAACAUUUUUGACAUGCGUUUUUCUGGAUUUUUUUGUUGUUAUUCUGUCUCUCAAUGUUCAAAUAAACCUACCAUAAAAAUUAUAGACUGAUCAUGUCUUUGUCAGUGGGCAAACCUACAAAAUCAGCAGGGGAUCAAAUACUUUUUUCCCUCACUGUAACACUGAUCGUUAUAUUGAUACUGAUUGAUGUCCAUGUUGGGGUGGGGGUGUAGUUGGUCCCCCUGGACAGCUAGGACCCCAGGGAGAGAGGGGUCUGCAGGGGGAGAAAGGUCUGCCAGGCCGCUCUGGACCUCCUGCUAGGAAGGGUGAUAGUCAAUUACAAGGUCAGUACCAAACCCUUACUUAUCUAGACAGUGGCCAGUAGUGUUAGACAGCUUUUACACUAUUUACAGUGAUGUAGCCACGUAGAUCUAUUGCACUUAUUAUAAUGGUAUAAUAACAAUUAUUAUAACUGUAUUGUUAACAAGUUGUGCACUGUUUUGUGUUUAUUUUUUUUUGUUUGGUUUUCUCAGUAAUCAUUAAUCUUCUCCUCUCCUAUCUCCCUUAUCCCUUAUGCUCCAACAGUGGAGGAUCUGUGGGGUCCGUUCGGGGAUCCGGGUGUAAAGGGAGAGAUGGGCCCACCUGGAGAGCCAGGUAUCCCUGCUCUCAGCCCCGGACCCCCAGGUAUCGACGGCAUUCCUGGUUUCAGGGGCCCACCCGGACCACCAGGAUCAUGUGAGUGUGGACAUGAAAGAGAUUCAUUUUGAUAUUUUAUUAAAAGGUUGUUUAGUAUGAUGGAAUGAUAUUAAAGGAUUGUUGUGAGUUGUAAAUGUAUUUCUUAAUAUGUGUAUGUGUCUAAAUAUCUGCAGGGGCGGACUUCUACAAGGGAUCUGCAGGGUCGAGAGGGCGGCCAGGAUCUGCAGGGAAAAAAGGACUGAAAGGUUAGAGUGUGUGUUUAUUCAAACAUGUAAUCCGUGCUGUACAUUUGUGCGCUGUAUGAUCACGUUAUGUGUUACAGUACAGCUGAUCAGAGUUGUGUAUGUGUUUUAGGUGAUCACGGGUUGUGUGAGUGCAACAUUGUCCACUCUCCGACGGGCCUGCCCGGCCCUGCUGGUAGCCAAGGCGACCCUGGAAUGAGUGGCGAGUUUGGUCAGCAGGGCGAGUCAGGCGAACCAGGACCCCGAGGUGUCAUUGGUCUGCCUGUAAGAACAACUCACAUCUACCUCACAACAAACAUCACACAUCACUUUCAGUAUGGCAAUAUUAAUCAUAAACACACAUUUCUCUUAAUUGUUUUUUUCCUCUCCAAUUCUCUCUCACUGGCUUUCUAUUCCCCUACUAUAUGUCCCCAUAUUUCGUUCCUCCAUAGGGGUUCCCUGGUGCCACAGGACAACCAGGUCCAAAGGGCAGGAAGGGCGAGUUCACCCGGGUCAAAGAGAAAGGUGGAUUAUUCUUAUUCUUUAUUUUCACACACUUGUACAUCCUUUAUACAGUGGUGAGUGUGAGACACCAUUAAGCAAGUGUAAGUGUAAAUGAGUGCGUUUGUGUGUGAACUCUACAGGAUAUGCCGGGGACCCAGGAGACCCAGGUGCGACAGGUGACCCAGGAUUGCAGGGCUUCCCUGGGCCAAGUGGGAUCAAUGGAUCCCCUGGGAACAGUGGUCCUUCAGUAAGUGACCUACUAGUGCAACAUCAUACCCCCUAAAGAUCCAGUCUUGUCUUUCCCACCACCUACUUUCUCAUUGAUAACCUGCUGUUCAAGCACUUCAAACACUUUCUACCUAAUAAUGUGUCUAUAAACUAGCUGUUCAAGCCAAUGCAGCUGUGUAGAUCUUUAGCAUUACAGGGAGUGAUAUAUUCUGAGCUACAGUACCAGUCAAAGGUAUGGAUACCUACUCAUUCAAGGGUUUUUCUUUAUUUGUACUAUUUUCUACAUUGUAGAAUAAUAGAGAAGACAUUGAAACUAUGAAAUAACACAUAUGGAAUCAUGUAGUAACCAAAAAAGUGUUAAACAAAUCAAAAUAUAUUUUAUAUUUGAGAUUCCUCAAAUAGCCACCAUUUGCCUUGAUGACAGCUUUGCACACUCUUGGCAUUCUCUCAACCAGCUUCAACUGGAAUGCUUUUCCAACAGUCUUGAAGGAGUUCCCACAUAUGCUGAGCACUUGUUGGCUGCUUUACCUUCACUCUGCCGUCCGAGUCAUCCCAAACCAUCUCACAAAGACACGGCGGCUGGAACCAAAAAUCUCCAUUUUGGACUCCAGACCAAAGGCCAAAUGUCCACCGGUCUAAUGUCCAUUGCUCAUGUUUCUUGGCCCAAGCAGGUCUCUUCUUCUUAUUGGUGUCCUUUAGUAGUGGGUUUUUUUCAGCAAUUCGACCAUGAAGGCCUGAUUCACACAGUCCCUUCUGAACAGUUGAUGUUGAAAUGUGUCUGUGACUUGAACUCUGUGAAGCAUUUAUUUGAGGUGCAUUUUCUGAGGCUGGUAACUCUAAUGAACUUAUCCUCUGCAGCAGAGGUAACUCUGGGUCUUCCAUUUCUGUGGCAGUCCUCAUGAGAGCCAGUUUCAUCAUCGACUGCACUUGACAAAACUUUAAUAGUUAUUGAAAUGUUCCGUAUUGACUGACCUUCAUGUCUUAAAGUAAUGAUGGACUGUCGUUUCUCUUUACUUAUUUGAGCUGUUCUUGCCAUUACAUUUACAUUUUAGUUAUUUAGCAGACGCUCUUAUCCAGAGUGACUUACAGUUAGUGAGUGCAUAAAGUUUUCAUACUAUGGACUUGGUCUUUUACCAAAUAGGGCUAUCUUCUGUAUACCCCCCUACCUUGUCACCACACAACUGAUUGGCUCAAACGCAUUAAGAAGGAAAUAAAUUCCCCAAAUUAACUUUUAAGAAGGCACACCUGUUAAUUGAAGUGUAAAACAUUGUAAAAAUAAAGAAAAACCCAUUGAAUGUGUAGGUGUGUCCAAACUUUUGACUGGUAGUGUAUAUGUCCUGUGUUCUCUGUUCUAGGGGGACGCACCUGAGGGACUCACUGGAGAAAAGGGUUAUCCUGGCCGGCCGGGUCUCCCUGGGUUGUUUGGACAGAUGGGAGAACCGGGACGGGUUCUAGGUGCCACUAAAGGGGUUACAGGGUUACGAGGCGAUGAUGGGGAGCCGGGUUACGCUGGUGUCGAAGGUCGAGCUGGAGAUCCAGGUGUGUUACCCUCUCCCUCUUUCUAUCUCUCUUUCUCUCGCUCUCUUUCCCAAUCACUCUCAGAGUCCUUCUGUUUUUAUCUCUCUUGAACGUUCUCAUUAUUUUCUUCCCUAUCUACCCUCUCUCCUCCUCCGCUAAUUAUGGGGAAAAAAUAAAGACUAGUUGUAGUAGGGGGCGGCAGGUAUCCUAGCGGUUAAGAGCGUUGGGCCAGUAACCUAAAGUUCGCUGGUUCAAAUCCCCGAGCCGGCAAGUUGGGAAUAAUCUGCCAUUCUGCCCUUGAGCAAGGCAGUUAACCCCCAAAAACAACUGCUCCCCGGGCGCCGAUGAUGUCGAUUAAGGCAGCCCCCCGCACCUCUCUGAUUUACUGCAUUCAGUUGUGCAACUAACUAGGUAUCUCCUUUCCCCAUAGUUUUAGACUCCAAGGCCUUGUCAUGAAUGGGACUGUGUGAGAUUGUCUUAUACCCUUGUGUCCAGAGAUGGGCAGUAUUUCUGUUACAUGUAUUUGAAAUAUGUAUUUAAAUUACUUCUGAGUAUUUUGUAAUUUGUAUUAAACUAGGCUGAACUAAACUUCAAUGUACACUGCUCAAAGAAAUUAAGGGAACACUAAAAUAACACAUCCUAGAUCUGAAUGAAUGAAAUAAUCUUAUUAAAUACUUUUUUCUUUACAUAGUUGAAUGUGCUGACAACAAAAUCACACAAAAAUCAUCCAUGGAAAUCAAAUGUAUCAACCCAUGGAGUUCUGGAUUUGGAGUCACCCUCAAAAUUAAAGUGGAAAACCACACUACAGGCUGAUCCAACUUUUAUGUAAUGUCCUUAAAACAAGUCAAAUUGAGGCUCAGUAGUGUGUGUGGCCUCCACGUGCCUGUAUGACCUUCUUUACAACGCCUGGGCAUGCUCCUGAUGAGGUGGCGGAUGGUCUCCUGAGGGAUCUCCUCCCAGACCUGGACUAAAGCAUCCGCCAACUCCUGGACAGUCUGUGGUGCAACGUGAUGGAUGGAGCGAGACAUGAUGUCCCAGAUGUGAUCAAUUGGAUUCAGGUCUGGGGAACGGGCGGGCCAGUCCAUAGCAUCAAUGCCUUCCUCUUGCAGGAACUGCUGACACACUCCAGCCACAUGAGGUCUAGCAUUGUCUUGCAUUAGGAGGAACCCAGGGCCAACCGCACCAGCAUAUGGUCUCACAAGGAGUCUGAGAAUCUCAUCUCGGUACCUAAUGGCAGUCAGGCUACCUCUGGCGAGCACAUGGAGGGCUGGGCGGCCCCCCAAAGAAAUGCCACCCCACACCAUGACUGACCCACCGCCAAACCGGUCAUGCUGGAGGAUGUUGCAGGCAGCAGAACGUUCUCCACGGCGUCUCCAGACUCUGCCACGUCUGUCACAUCUGCUCAGUGUAUCUGUGAAGAGCACAGGGCGCCAGUGGCGAAUUUGCCAAUCUUGGUGUUCUCUGGCAAAUGCCAAACGUCCUGCACGGUGUUGGGCUGUAAGCCCAACCCCCACCUGUGGACGUCGGGCCCUCAUACCACCCUCAUGGAGUCUGUUUCUGACCGUUUGAGCAGACACAUGCACAUUUGUGGCCUGCUGGAGGUCAUUUUGCAGGGCUCUGGCAGUGCUCCUCCUGCUCCUCCUUGCACAAAGGCGGAGGUAGCAGUCCUGCUGCUGGGUUGUUGCCCUCCUACGGCCUCCUCCACAUCUCCUGAUGUACUGGCCUGUCUCCUGGUAGCGCCUCCAUGCUCUGGACACUACGCUGACAGACACAGCAAACCUUCUUGCCACAGCUCGCAUUGAUGUGCCAUCCUGGAUGAGCUGCACUACCUGAGCGACUUGUGUGGGUUGUAGACUCCGUCUCAUGCUACCACUAGAGUGAAAGCACCGCCAGCAUUCAAAAGUGACCAAAACAUCAGCCAGGAAGCAUAGGAACUGAGAAGUGGUCUGUGGUCACCACCUGCAAAACCAGUCCUUUAUUGGGGGUGUCUUGCUAAUUGCCUAUAAUUUCCACCUGUUGUCUAUUCCAUUUGCACAACAGCAUGUGAAAUUUAUUGUCAAUCAGUGUUGCUUCCUAAGUGGACAGUUUGAUUUCACAGAAGUGUGAUUGACUUGGAGUUACAUUGUGUUGUUUAAGUGUUCCCUUAAUUUUUUUGAGCAGUGUAUUUUAUAACAAGACACUUUCAAAAUACAAAAUACUUUUCUAUACUAUUUUAUUAUAGCGGUUCACCAUUUUGUGGCCCCUUUUCACCUUGCAUUGGUAUCAGAAGUCUGAUGGCACUAUAGUGUGAUAAGAGCAUCUGCUAAAUGAACUAAAUAUAAAUGUAUGAAUGAACAAUUGCAAAGCAUGCUUAGUAUUAUUCUAAUUAGCUCAGCCCUGAAACAAGGCCAAUCAUAAUACCCAGUGUGAUUUGCAGUUCAUUUUUGUAUGUUCAUUUUCUCACAUACAUUUACAUUUUGGUCAUUUAGCAGACACUCUUAUCCAGAGUGACUUACAGUCAGUGCAUUCAUCUAAGGUAGAUAAACAACAACAUAUCACAGUCAUAGCAAGUAAAACGUUUCUGUAACCAUUACUGAGAAUGUUGUUGCUGUAAUAUUCAUAUGUGUCAGCAUACUGAAUUGUAAUUGGAUGCAUUCUACUGUCAUAUCAUCCUGUGCUAUGAUUGGUUAAGACCACCCAGGUGGUGAGGUCAUUCUAAAAGAUGAUCAUGGCCAGAGACACAUGAACAUGCCAGUUAUAGCUAGUUAAUAAAGAGCUACGUUUAUAAAUAUCCUGUCCUCCUGCAUUUUAUUAUUUUGUACAAAGCAUACAAAACAAGACAGUUGCUGUUCAGGCCGGCUACUUCCAAAUGUAUUUCUGUAUUUGAAAAUACAAAAUACAUGUAUUUUAAUUAAAUACAUUUCAAAAUACAAGUAAUUUAAUGGUUUAUUUUGAUAAAUUAAUAUUUAUGGUAUUUUGUAGUUGUAUUUUGUAAUUGUAUUUUGUAAUGUUUGCCCUUCCGUGCUUGUGUCCAUGAUUGAACUGAUGCUUCCACUUUCAUCUUUCCUCAUCUCUUGCUCCAGAUGAGCCCUGAUGCAGUCUGUCUGCAUCCCUCAAACCAGCCACAACAGUGCUUGUUUGAGAUCAUGCUCGAGCUUUUCUAACCCUUAUUUUGAAUGUCUCUCUUUUUCUUUCUCCCUCUCUCUUUUAUUGCCAUUGAAAGGAGAGUCUGACUGUAGUCCGACAGGAGAUGGAGGACUGAAUGACAUCAAAGGUAGCUGGAGUAACAGCAUUUUCAUUACAGAACCUUUCUCUACUGGUGCUUUGCUUCCGUAGCCUUUCUGUCUUGGGUUAGUUUACAGUCAGUGAGUAUGUUUACAUGCACACAAAUAAUUCGAUAUUAAACUGAUUACGGCAGUAAGCCAAGUAUGACAUUAGUCAUGUAAACACCUUACUCUGCUUAUCUUAAUCGGCGUAAGGUCAUAAUUGAAGUAAGGAUACGCCGAUUAAAACACCGGGAUUUCUAGGCAAUCUUUUGAAUUAUUAGGACAUGUAAACGCCUUUAUCAGAGUAACAGCAGCGUAUUUAAUCUGCGCAUGUGCUAGCACGAGCAGCGCGAGCUUCCUUCUUUUGCGCAAGUGAAGUGAGUUCAGAAAAACAAGUAUUCCUCUUAGAAAUAGUUUUCACAUAUAAACUUUAUAUGUCCGAACUCAGAAUCAAAUAGGCUUCACAAAAAUAACAUGGUCGCUGUGGUAGAACAUUUAUUUUGAUUGGCGAUUUUCUGUAUUUAUCAAAGUCCCAUCAGGUAGCCUGAUUUCAAAUGUGUCCAUGUAAACAGGAUUGUUAGGGAAAUCGUUCUUCUUGCAAAGCAUGAAAUGUUUAAAUCAAACUAUUAUAUUAAUCUGACUAUUCACAAUAAUCGUAUUAUGUUGUGCAUGUAACCGUGCUUACUGUGUAUAGAGUAAGAGUUAAGUGAACGACAUUUUUGUAACUGGUUUCUCCCGUCAUAGUUUUGUCUUUGGUUAGUUGGCUAAUAUGUAUAAAUUAUUUUCGCUAUGCUCUGAUCCACAAUCCACACUGGGCAACAGUGUCGUCGAAACAAGGCAACAAGCAGGCAAAACCACUGACGUUUCCACAGAUAUGUACAGUAUGAGAUGUGGAGUAGAGCUUCAUUAAACAGUAGUGAAACAGCAGUUAUUAAAUGAGGACCGUUCUCAUAGUAAUUAUUAAUCGCAAUGUAAAUAUGUCCAUUGUGUGUUAUUUUUACUCAGGCGAUUGUGUUGCCGUACCCGGACCACCCGGUAUGCCAGGACCACCAGGACCACACGGGUUAGAGGGUUUCCCAGGUAACUUUUCCUUUAGGUUCGGUUUGAGCUUUAGAAUGCAAAACAGAAAAUGUGUCAUAUGUCCUGCAUGGUCUUUUCCUGUCAAAUUCCACAUUUAUGUUUAACUUCCUGUAUGUCCUUUUGUCUGUGCUUCAGGACUCCUAGGUCAAAAUGGAUUCACAGGUCCACUUGGAGAUGAGGGUGCCAAAGGAGAGAUAGGAGAGCAAGGCAUAGGAGGGUCUCCCGGACAUCCAGGUAAUCAUUUUGCUGCUUUAGCUGUAAUUGUAGUAUUUUUGCGCUAGUUACAGACACAUAACAUCCAAUCCCUCUACACAGGUACAUUUACUCCCACUUGUAAUGUACUAUAGUGCUUUUUAUUUUUAUUUCACCUUUAUUUAACCAGGUAGGCCAGUUGAGAACAAGUUCUCAUUUACAACUGCAACCUGGCCAAGAUAAAGCAAAGCAGUGCAAUAAAAACAACAACAACACAGAGUUACACAUGGGAUAAACAAAAACAUACAGUCAAUAACACAAUAGAAAAUCUAUAUACAGUGUGUGCAAAUGUAGUAAGUUAUGGAGGUAAGGCAAUAAAUAGGCCAUAGUGCAAAAUAAUUACAAUUAAUUAGUAUUAACACUGGAGUGAUAGAUGUGCAGAAGAUGAUGUGCAAAUAGAGAUACUGGGGUGCAAAUGAGCAAAAUAAAUAUGGGUAUGAGGUAGUUGAGUGGGCUAAUUACAGAUGGGCUGUGUACAGGUGCAGUGAUCGGUAAGCUGCUCUGACAACUGAUGCUUAAAGUUAGUGAGGGAGAUAAGAGUCUCCAGCUUCAGAGAUUUUUGCAGUUCGUUCCAGUCAUUAGCAGCAGAGAACUGGAAGGAGUGGCGGCCAAAGGAGGUGUUGGCUUUGGGGAUGACCAGUGAGAUAUACCUGUUGGAGCGCAUACUACGGGUGGGUGUUGCUAUGGUGACCAAUGAGCUAAGAUAAGGCGGGGAUUUGCCUAGCAGUGAUUUAUAGAUGACCUGGAGCCAGUGGGUUUGGCGACGAAUAUGUAGUGAGGGCCAGCCAACGAGAGCGUACAGGUCACAAUGGUGGGUAGUAUAUGGGGCUUUGGUGACAAAACGGAUGGCACUGUGAUAGACUACAUCCAAUUUGCUGAGUAGAGUGUUGGAGGCUAUUUUGUAAAUGACAUCGUCGAAGUCAAGGAUCGGUAGGAUAGUCAAGGAGGCUUUGUUGCGAAAUAGGAAGCAGAUUCUAGAUUUAACUUUGGAUUGGAGAUGCUUAAUGUGAGUCUGGAAGGAGAGUUUACGGUCUAACCAGACACCUACAGUGAGGGAAAAAAGUAUUUGAUCCCCUGCUGAUUUUGUACGUUUGCCCACUGACAAAGACAUGAUCAGUCUAUAAUUUUAAUGGUAGGUUUAUUUGAACAGUGAGAGACAGAAUAACAACAAAGAAAUCCAGAAAAACGCAUGUCAAAAAUGUUAUGAAUUGAUUUGCAUUUUAAUGAGGGAAAUAAGUAUUUGACCCCUCUGCAAAACAUGACUAAGUACUUGGUGGCAAAACCCUUGUUGCCAAUCACAGAGGUCAGAUGUUUCUUGUAGUUGGCCACCAGGUUUGCACACAUCUCAGGAGGGAUUUUGUUCCACUCCUCUUUGCAGAUCUUCUCCAAGUCAUUAAGGUUUCGAGGCUGACGUUUGGCAACUCGAACCUUCAGCUCCCUCCACAGAUUUUCUAUGGGAUUAAGGUCUGGAGACUGGCUAGGCCACUCCAGGACCUUAAUGUGCUACUUCUUGAGCCACUCCUUUGUUGCCUUGGCCGUGUGUUUUGGGUCAUUAUCAUGCUGGAAUACCCAUCCACGACCCAUUUUCAAUGCCCUGGCUGAGGGAAGGAGUUUCUCACCUAAGAGUUGACGGUACAUGGCCCCGUCCAUCGUCCCUUUGAUGCGGUGAAGUUGUCCUGUCCCCUUAGCAGAAAAACACCCCCAAAGCAUAAUGUUUCCACCUCCAUGUUUGAUGGUGGGGAUGGUGUUCUUGGGAUCAUAGGCAGCAUUCCUCCUCCUCCAAACACGGCGAGUUGAGUUGAUGCCAAAGAGCUCGAUUUUGGUCUCAUCUGACCACAACACUUUCACCCAGUUCUCCUCUGAAUCAUUCAGAUGUUCAUUGGCAAACUUCAGACGGGCCUGUAUAUGUGCUUUCCUGAGCAGGGAGACCUUGCGGGCGCUGCAGGAUUUCAGUCCUUCACGGCGUAGUGUGUUACCAAUUGUUUUCUUGGUGACUAUGGUCCCAGCUGCCUUGAGAUCAUUGGACAAGAUCCUCCCGUGUAGUUCUGGGCUAAUUCCUCACCGUUCUCAUGAUCAUUGCAACUCCACGAGGUGAGAUCUUGCAUGGAGCCCCAGGCCGAGGGAGAUUGACAUUUCUUUUUUGUUUCUUCCAUUUGCGAAUAAUCGCACCAACUGUUGUCACCUUCUCACCAAGCUGCUUGGUGAUGGUCUUGUAGCCCAUUCCAGCCUUGUGUAGGUCUACAAUCUUGUCCCUGACAUCCUUGGAGAGCUCUUUGGUCUUGGCCAUGGUGGAGAGUUUGGAAUCUGAUUGAUUGAUUGCUUCUGGCUCCCAGGUGUCUUUUAUACAGGUAACAACCUGAGAUUAGGAGCACUCCCUUUAAGAGUGUGCUCCUAAUCUCAGCUCGUUACCUGUAUAAAGGACACCUGGGAGCCAGAAAUCUUUCUGAUUGAGAGGGUUUCAAAUACUUAUUUCCAUCAUUAAAAUGCAAAUCAAUUUAUAACAUUUUUUUACAUGCGUUUUUCUGGAUUUUUUUGUUGUUAUUCUGUCUCUCACUGUUCAAAUAAAUCUACCAUAAAAAUUAUAGACUGAUCAUGUCUUUGUCAGUGGGCAAACGUACAAAAUCAGGAUGGGAUCAAAUACUUUUGUCCCUCACUGUAGGUAUUUGUAGUUGUCCACAAAUUCUAAGUCAGAAUUUACUUAUUACAUCUUAGUCCAGGUUCUAACCUCCUACUAGCUGAUGGUAAUAGUUCUGAUGGUCUGGUCCUCUCUGAGGUUUCACUGGCCCCCGUGGAGACUUGGGUCAGCCCGGCGCCAAGGGUAAACCUGGAGACCAAGGUCUGCCAGGCCAACAUGGUCGGGACGGGGAGCCCGGGGAAAAGGGACCACACGGGGAGAUCUGGGGAGCGUCAACCGGACAACCUGGAGAAGUGGGUCUUCCUGGAGAGCAGGGACCUAAAGGUUUUAGCGGAGAGCCUGGAAACGAGGGCUACCCAGGUGGGUACUACCAUAACGUACAGUGGACUGAAGUUGACAUUCAAUAAACUACAAUUUCUCCACCUUUUCAAGAGUGUUAGUGUAUAGCUAUUGUAAUGGCUUCUCUCUUCCCGUCUCUCUCAGGGAUGGGUGGCAUGCCUGGGAUGAUUGGUUUCAAGGGCGACGUGGGUCCUUCAGGUCUGCAGGGGGAGCAAGGAAGACCGGGAGCUGCUGGGAAGUACGGCUGGCCAGGUGUACCCGGACAGGCUGGAGUCCCUGGACCAACAGGAAGCAUCGGACAACCAGGUCAGACACAACUGACUAACUUCUCUUUUGGAACUUUCUUAAUUUGCUUUGAAGAGGAAGAAGCUCUUUGACUCACAGCUAAUACCCUGUGUAUUUGUAUCUUCCAGGUUUGAGCGGAGGCAGGGGUGAUCAGGGGGACCCUGGCACCCCGGGGCCCAUAGGACUGAAGGGGACACCGGGGGAGUUUGGAGGUCUGGGCGCUGAGGGAAACACCGGAGACCUGGGUGACCCUGGAGAGCCAGGACCUACAGGACACUCUGGCCUGCCAGGGUUCAAGGGUAACUUAUUAUACACAUACUAUACUAAGUGGAGUCAUGUUCUGUCCAAUGUUCUAAUUAUAGAGUUCGUGGUCACAGUAUGGUCAUACUCUGAUCACAUUCCACAUGUCAUUUCCUGAUGAGUUGAUAUGAGGAUGCAAUGUUUGCAGUGAGUAAUGCUGAAAUAUAUCGUAGCCAGAUGCCGCUGUAAGGACGUUCUUUCUGACCUGCGAUGUCACUUCCUGUUCCAGGUAUCAAAGGUUCUCGUGGCAUGUCAGGGUUUGGAGGUAUGCCCGGUGAGUCGGGCCUUAAGGGUUUCUCUGGACAGAAGGGAGAGAAUGGCAUUCCCGGCGGAUUUGGACAGAAAGGAAACAUGGGCGACUAUGGUUCAAAGGGUGAGACUGAACUGUCAUUAGAAUGGUGUGUCUUUCUGUGCUCUACCACUCUCUUUCCCUGUCUCUCUCUUUCUCUUUAUCGGAUCCUUCUAUCUGAUUGGACACUCACGCUCAACCCCGCUGUCUCCUAGGUGACCGUGGUUUGCGUGGUAUGCCAGGCGAGAAGCCCCACAUCCCUCGUCAGAUCAUCAAUGACAUGAAGGGGACCAAGGGAGAAGAUGGAACCCCAGGACAAAUAGGAUUUACUGGACCCAGAGGUGAUUCAGGCUUCAUGCCCUUCCUAUCCACCCGCUCUUCUUUAUUCACAUACUCUCAUCCUCCUCUCAUUUUCAUCCCCUCUAACCUUCCCCACUUCUCUUCUACAGGUCCUAAAGGUUUUCCCGGCGUUCCUGGUAUGGAGGGCUACCAUGGCGUUCCCGGAGACCCCAGCGAUGAGAAGGGUUUCCCAGGCAACCCAGGGGCGCAGGGACUUCCAGGGCCAAAAGGAAUGCCAGGUCCGACUGGAUCAGACGGAAUCAGCGGCUUUCCUGGGAUGUCCGGUCACAGGGUGAGACCAUGUAGUCUGGUUCCCAUUGUGUCUCUGCUGCAGCCAGCCCUCAUUAGUGUUCAUGCUAAACAUGUUAAUGUGGUGUUUCUUGUGUUUGUUUCUCAGGGGGAGAAAGGUACCCCCGGUGCCUACGGAUCUUCAGGAGAUCCAGGAGUGAAGGGGGUCAAAGGUAUGAUGCCCCCAGUCUGUCGCAAAUCUCAUAGAUGGAUAAGUACAGUACCGUAGACCACAGGAGGUUGGUGGCACCUUAAUUGGGGAGGACGGGCUAGUGGUAAUUACUGUAGCAGAAUAAGUGGAAGAGUAUCAAACACAUGGUUUCUACGUAUCUGAUUCCAUUCCAUUCGCUCCGUUACAACCAUUAUUAUGAGCCGUCCUCCCCUCAGCAGCCUCCACUGCUGUAGACGCCAGUAGUCAUCCAGACUCCACUUUCCAGCUGUUUCAACUCAGUUUAAGCUUGUCUUUGUUAAGCACUUGGACUCGAAGCAAAAGUCCCAGGACUAUUUAACAUUUAAAUAGAAGAAAGGGUGAGUAGUGAAAGGUACUGGCUGAAAUACGCCUAAUUGUUUUCUUCUCCAGGUGAGGAGGGUCCCGUAAUCGACAUGCCCGGAUCCACAGGACUGAGGGGGGAUGAUGGUUUCCCAGGGGUUCUAGGUGAGUCACUCAUUGGGGCUGGCUUCCUUCAUUUCCAUUAGGAACUAUGGACUGGUGAGAGAAAACACAGUGUACCUGGUAGUGGUAGGCCUCCACCAUAUUGAUUUUACUAUUCUAUGCUCUCAGUACAGAUGAAAAAAAUGAGUCUAAUUUGACUAAGAUGCUGUCUGAGAUGCGUUACCAUGGUAGCAGUGUUCCUGAUGCCCUCUGUCUCUCCCUACAGGUCAGAAGGGCUACAUUGGGAAUCCGGGAGACAGGGGCAGUGGUGGUUUCCAUGGUAUUGAGGGCAUGAAAGGGGGGCCGGGAGAGCCUGGCAUAGGAGGAGCUAUAGGUAAGAAACUUGACUUCCUACCGUAUUGCUCACAUUAUUAAAAUGAGUGUCAUUCAUUGCCUGUGUCUGACUGUUGUGUGUGUCUGACUGUGGUUGCUGUCUCCAGGAUCUGAUGGUCAACAAGGGUUUCCAGGCAACCAGGGUACGAAGGGAUGGCCUGGGGUCCCAGGAGAAUCAGGCACAAAUGGACAACCAGGCUUCCCAGGACAGAGAGGUACACACACACACACGCAUACACAAAAGCACAGGUGUGCACACACAACACCUUUGCCUUAUCACUGUGUUUGAUCUGCUCCUUUCUGCAGGUUUUCCUGGCCUGAAGGGUAUAUUGGGACUGGAUGGACUGAAGGGUGUGAAGGGCAUCCCUGGACUCCCAGGUCAGGAUAACUUGGGAACCCCAGGUGUUCCCGGUGCUAAGGGAGCGAGGGGUGAGACAGGUAUACCCAACUCGGAGGUCGGGACCCCAGGAUCGCUGGGUUUGAAGGGCGUUCAAGGACAACCAGGUUAGUCAUUGCUCCAAAAGACACAUUGCAUCUUUUUGUUACAAGGUUUGGAGGACAUUUAGUGUUUCAAAGUAUCUAAGACCUCCCCCUUCUCUUCUUCUCUUUGUCCCUUGUACUCAGGUGACCAGGGCCAGGUGGGACCCCCAGGGUCUCAGGGCCCCCAAGGACCACAGGGCACCUCAGACAAACCUGGACCAUCAGGAGACCCUGGCUUCCCUGGACCCAAAGGGCUGUCAGGUAUAGUAGAGUGGAGAAUGUGUGGAUUUACAGAAGAUUAACUAAGUAUUUAUCCUCUGGGAUGUGGUGUGCAUGAUGUGUGGGAUGUGUUUGGUUGGUGUGUAUUUGGUGUGCUAAUAAUGAUUGUUCUGUUUCAUAGGUUUCCCUGGGCCCCGUGGAUAUCCUGGUGCGCCCUCUCCAUAUGGAGAGAAGGGUUUAGCUGGCCAGUAUGGCUUCCCUGGAUUCACUGGUCUGAAAGGAAAGCAGGGGGAUCAGGGACCAUCAGGAUACAAAGGACAGAGCGGAGUGUCUGGGAAGAAAGGUACGGAUCAUAGAAUUAUAGUAGGCCGAGUGGGAAUUACGAAAUACAAUCCAGAAUUAUGUUUUAUUAUCCAUCAUAGAUGGCUGUCUGUUUCACAUUUGGCAAGCAGGGAUUAUUGAGCUGGUUACUUUGCACUGAAACAGUAAAAUGAGUAACAGCCAUGGUUUUUGUCCCAAAGGUGUGAAGGGAGAGCAAGGGAUGAUGGGAAUUCCUGGUAGGUCUGGUUUCCAAGGAGAUCGAGGUCCUUCUGGCCCAAAAGGAAAUACUGGACCCAUAGGUAAUGAUGUCAUCUCCCUCGGUUUGAUCUCAAUCUGCACAUCACUAUAAUUCACCUGAAAAUCACCUACACUAUUAUUAAAGUUUCUCACGUACAAACUGUGUGUGACCUGGUCUGGUCCUGCAGGUUAUCUGGGAGCCCCAGGUAACCCGGGCCCAGCCCCACUCCCCCCCAGGAUGCCAGGAGAAAGGGGUGCUCCAGGGCCUCAGGGCAUCCGAGGACCUGAGGGGGUACGAGGGGAGACUGGCCCGAAAGGACCCCCUGGAGAUCCAGGUAGGAGAAUCCAGCAGCACAACUACCUUAUAUUGUGUAACAAUAUUGUUAUAUACUUCUUUAUGUCAAAUGUUGUUCUUUAUACAAGUGCUUCUGUAGGAUUGGCUGACUUUCUUCACUGAAUGACCAUUUCCCCCUUUUUGCUUCUUCCUUACCCCUUCUUUUACCCCCAUCCCCCCUUCCCAUUUAGGCUACCUGGGCCCCCAGGGGCAGAAGGGGAUGCCAGGGGUGGGUGGCAGACCGGGUACCCCCGGGUACCGUGGGAAUGACGGAGGGAGGGGCCACCUUGGUCUUCAAGGCAUGGAAGGUAGGUACAGGAAGGCGACCAUGCCAGGGCAACAGGGCAUAUAAGGAUUACAGCAAUCAGGCCUUGAUUAAGGGAUUAAGAAUGGGAGCUCGUUUCCACCAGAGGGUUUGGGUCAGAGUGUUAUGUGUCUGAAUGAGCUGCAGGUGUUUUAUGAGAUAAAUUACCCAUGGCCUUUAGGGAUUAUUAGGUAUGUAAUUAGUUUAGUGCUGAUCUGAAAUUAAUUAAAACCUGUAUUCCAUUGACAGUUCUCAUGGUGUGACUUAUUUUACCUGAAAGCAGUGGAAAACCGUUACUAUAGGAUUUAGGCCUUCAGAGGGACCAAAAAUCUUCCAAUACGUUGUAUCAAACUCAAAAAUCUAGAAAAGAACAGAAAACAUAGCAUUACUUAAUGCGCCCGACAUUAUAUAUUCUGUAGUCGGACCAUUCUAGUUCUAGUGAAGGAGGAGCAAUGCUUAUUGACGGCAUUAUGAAUGAAUAAAACAGGCCUGGCUGCACUUUGGGCUGCUGCACACACAGAGACAGAACCGGCACAGAUGCAACAUGACACACAGCAUAAAAUAAUGCAACCAGCAAAACAAAAAACACUGUUUACACAACCUAUGGUAGCCUAACACCACUAUCACCAAUAGCAACAACAGCAGUGUCACAUCAAAGGUGACAGGCUUGUGGUGCUGAAAGGACAGCGACCGUAAUACCUGUGCACUUUUGGUAAAACACAUAGACAGGGACCCAUAGACAGCAGUCACACAUAGCAUCAAAUAAUGUUAACGAAUAAGCAGCCCAUUCACGCCAGUAGGCAUAAAAUCAUAACGAUACAAAAGCACAACCAUUUCAUUUCCAGAAUGAAAUGAACAAACCAGUUAUUACUUCCUAUUGCAAAUAUAUUUUAUCACAUUCAUCACACUAACCGGUGAUCUAAAGUUGAAAUGCAACAAUGUCAUUAUUUUCUAAGAGAUAUUGUAGAUAACAGCAAGGAAGCUGCAACAAAAACAGUGCCACUCACCAAACGAAGUUUGAAAGUUAAUUUUGAAAAAGGAGAUGCUAAUAAAUUAGCAACAACAUCCACCUUGAAGUUGAGAACAGCUGCUGCAGCCGCCGUGGCCAUUGUCACACUACAACACAAGCUAGCUAAUGUUACUUGCAUUAUGAGAAAACUACAGCUUGCACCACUGAUUAUUUGCUCUUGCGCUCACUUUUUCUUUUUACUAUCCCACCUAUUGCAAGUCAAAAUGUGAUUGGUUCAUUCCACUGUCACUCCAAAAUUCUGCUCUAAAACAGUUGAAUGGCAGAGGCCUUCUGUCCAGCUUCUAAAGGCCUAGCCAAUGGCUGGCUGAGCCAGCUCGAUUUUCCUACCCAGAGACCACCAAAGACAAAUCCUUAAUUUUUUCUCUCUUCAGUAUUAACGUAACCCUUCUCUUUCCAACACAAACUGAAGAGAUGAAAUCAGAAGAUCAUUGAAAUUAUUGUAAAGAUUAAAUAGAACAAUAUAUACAUAGAAGGCCCUCACAGUUCCCUAUUGUCUGAAAGUGUUAUUUCAUGUUAUGUUAAAUUAAUUUUAACCACACACUAAUGAAAAAGAAACGUACGAAUACAUUGCACACUAUUUUUCUCUUACACACAGAGGCAUUUAAACCUCUCUCUGACCCCUAGGACACCGUGGUAACCCAGGUACUACAGGGUUGCCUGGCAUGCCUGGACGCAGUGUGAGUGUGGGAUACCUGCUGGUGAAGCACAGCCAAUCAGAGCAGACCCCCAUGUGCCCUGUGGGCAUGUCCAAGCUGUGGGACGGCUACAGUCUGCUGUACUUCGAGGGCCAGGAGAAGGCCCACAACCAGGACCUAGGUGAGACAAAGAUAAGAACCUAAAAGACAGGAAAUUCUAAUAAAGACCACACGAUUAUUAGGUUAUACACCUAUCUAUUCAGAUUUUAUUUGAUUGGAUUGGCAGAUAGAACCAAUUAGGCUGUCUCAAGUUUGCCUGUAGUGGCUGUAACACUGUCAUCCUUUUACAGUGAGGGAAAAAAGUAUUUGAUCCCCUGCUGAUUUUGUACGUUUGCCCACUGACAAAGACAUGAUCAGUCUAUAAUUUUAAUGGUAGGUUUAUUUGAACAGUGAGAGACAGAAUAACAACAAAGAAAUCCAGAAAAACGCAUGUCAAAAAUGUUAUAAAUUGAAAAAAGGUUUUCACCCAAGAUUUGACGGUACAUGGCCCCGUCCAUCGUCCCUUUGAUGCAGUGAAGUUGUCCUGUCCCCUUAGCAGAAAAAUACCCCCAAAGCAUAAUGUUUCCACCCCCAUGUUUGACGGUGGGGAUGGUGUUCUUGGGGUCAUAGGCAGCAUUCCUCCUCCUCCAAACACGGCGAGUUGAGUUGAUGCUGACCACAACACUUUCACCCAGUUCUCAUUUACAUUACAUUUACAUUACAUUUUAGUCAUUUAGCAGACGCUCUUAUCCAGAGCGACUUACAGGUUCUCCUCUGAAUCAUUCAGAUGUUCAUUGGCAAACUUCAGACGGCCCUGUAUAUGUGCUUUCUUGAGCAGGGGGACCUUGCGGGCGCUGCAUGAUUUCAGUCCUUCACGGCGUAGUGUGUUACCAAUUGUUUUCUUGGUGACUAUGGUCCCAGCUGCCUUGAGAUCAUUGACAAGAUCCUCCCGUGUAGUUCUGGGCUUAUUCCUCACCGUUCUCGUGAUCAUUGCAACUCCACAAGGUGAGAUCUUGCAUGGAGCCCCAGGGUGAGGGAGAUUGACAGUUAUUUUGUGUUUCUUCCAUUUGCGAAUAAUCGCACCAACUGUUGUCACCUUCUCACCAAGCUGCUUGGCGAUGGUCUUACAGCCCAUUCCAGCCUUGUGUAGGUCUACAAUCUUAUCCCUGACAUCCUUGGAGAGCUCUUUGGUCUUGGCCAUGGUGGAGAGUUUGGAAUCUGAUUGAUUGAUUGCUUCUAUGGACAAGUGUCUUUUAUACAGGUAACAAACUGAGAUUAGGAGCACUCCCUUUAAGAGUGUGCUCCUAAUCUCAGCUCGUUACCUGUAUAAAUGACACCUGGGAGCCAGAAAUAUUUCUGAUUGAGAGGGGGUCAAAUACUUAUUUCCCUCAUUAAAAUGCAAAUCAAUUUAUAACAUUUUUGACAUGCGUUUUUCUGGAUUUUUUUGUUAUUAUGUCUCUCACUGUUCAAAUAAACCUACCAUUAAAAUUAUAGACUGAUAAUUUCUUUGUCAGUGGGCAAACGUACAAAAUCAGCAGGGGAUCAAAUACUUUUCCCCCUCACUGUAUAUGAAUACAUUUAUUGAAUAAUUGGUUAAUUUAAUGGUUCUAUUGAUCCCAGGUCUGGCAGGCUCCUGCCUUCCUCGUUUCAACACCAUGCCCUUCCUGUACUGCAACCCCGGAGACAUCUGCUACUACGCCAGCCGCAAUGACAAGUCCUAUUGGCUGUCCACCACCGCACCCCUUCCCAUGAUGCCUGUGGAGGAGGGCGAGAUCAAACCCUACAUCAGCCGCUGCUCUGUGUGUGAGGCUCCGUCCGUCGCCAUCGCUGUGCAUAGCCAGGACAUCACCAUCCCACAAUGCCCUGCGGGCUGGCGCAGCCUGUGGAUUGGCUACUCCUUCCUUAUGGUGAGUCUCUUGCUUCUUGUUCUAAUAUAGUCUAAAGUGGCCUCUUCUUGUCUCAUUUUCAUCUUUAUUGAUCUGAAAACGCAGGACAUGUGAAAGCAAUCUCCCCUCCCUCUCGUCUCCCCACAGCACACAGCAGCAGGUGACGAGGGUGGUGGUCAGUCUCUGUCAUCCCCUGGUUCCUGUCUGGAGGAUUUCCGCACCACUCCCUUCAUCGAGUGUAACGGGGCCAAGGGUACCUGCCAUUACUUCGCCAACAAACACAGCUUCUGGCUCACCUCCAUCGAACAGUCCUUCCAGGCCGAGCCUGCAUCCGAGACCCUGAAAGCAGGCCAGCUCCUCUCACGCAUCAGCCGCUGUCAGGUCUGCAUGAAGAACCUGUGA